AUGUUGAGGUUGUGUGAAUCAACAGAGGGUGUGAGUGUACGUUUGUAAGGCUGUUCCUGGCAUGGUGAGAGGGUAGACUGCUUUGCAGAGUGUGUGCCUGUCCCGGAAGCAGAGGCACAGGUACUACGGAGCUCAGCUCAGCUCAGCCACCUGUCCUCGGCUCAGCAGCAGUACAAGAGGAAACCUUAAGGAUAAGGUCAUGCAUUCUGCUGGAGGCUUGGAUCCUAAAAGUCGCUUUUAUUCUUUAAAGGUAUAACUGUGCUCUGUUUACUCUGAAACGGUAUGACUAUGCUCUGCUCUCUGUUCUGCUCUGUGUUUGGGAGGAUGUUCAUCGCCAGACAUUCUUUAGGUUAUCUAAGGUUAAAGGGUGUGUGUGUGAUGCUGAUGUUUCCUGGUUAUGCUAAAAUACAUUUUGAAAUAUCUGUACACCUCAUUGUCAAACAGCUUCACUUCAUCAUGCUUGCAGUAUCCUGUUCUUUAAUAACAUGAGGGCAAAGUUAACACAAUUAAAUAUACUAUUUGAAUGGUGUUAAGUUAAUAGCGAAGUUAACGUCGUAUCUAAGUGUACAGUAAGUAUACCUCUCAGAGAUAGGAGGAGAUAGGGGAGAGAUAGGGGGCAGCCAGUGGGCUGAGGUGGGAGAGAAAGGAGAAAGGAGAUAGCCUGUCCUGCUGAUGUCAGCCAUUGAUCCCUUGGAUACAGGAGAGGAGAUGAGUGCACUCAUAUUAAUUCUGCACCAGCAAAGGCAAAGCCUGCUUACCAUUUAGUAUUACAGAGCCUGUAAGGGCGAAAUGUUUUUGGAUGUCCUUCCUGAGUCUUAGAGAGGUGUCAACUUUGUUGCGGGUAAAAGUGAAUGGAAGUUGAAGGAUUGUAAUCUUUUUUUUUUUAACUUUUUUUUUUAGGGGGUAGAUCAGCUUUAAUAUUGCAGAUAGAUUGUAACUUCCAUCAAUGUAAUUGUCUGCAUCACUUCCAAUCCCCCAUAUGUUUUUUUUCUCGCAAAUAUAUAUAUAUAUAUAUAUAUAUAUAUAUAUAUAUAUAUAUAUAUAUAUAUACAUAUCCAUAUAUACACAUACAUAUACACAUACAUACAUAUACAUAUAUAUAUAUAUAUAUAUAUAUAUACAUAUCCAUAUAUACACAUACAUAUACACAUACAUACAUAUAAAUAUAUAUACACUACCGUUCAAAAGUUUGGGGUCACUUAGAAAUGUCCUUGUUUUCGAAAGAAAAGCAAUGUUUUUGUCCAUUAAAAUAACAUCAAAUUGAUCAGAAAUUCAAUGUAGACAUUGUUAAUGUUGUAAAUGGCUAUUGUAGCUGGAAACGGCUGAUUUUUAAUGGAAUAUCUACUCCCUUCACAGAACAGCGCAAACUGGCUCUAACCAGAAUAGAAAGAGGAGUGGGAGGCCCCGGUGCACAACUAUGCAAGAGGACAAAUACAUUAGAGUGUCUAGUUUGAGAAACAGACUCCUCACAGGUGUUUUGCGGGUACUAUUUAAUGAAGCUGCCAGUUGAGGACCUGUGAUGCGUCUGUUUCUUAAACUAGACACUCUAAUGUAUUUGUCCUCUUGCUCAGUUGGGCACCGGGGCCUUCUGUGAAGGGAGUAGUACACAGCGUUGUACGACAUCUUCAGUUUCUUGGCAAUUUCUCGCAUGGAAUAGCCUUCAUUUGUCGAGUUUCAGAAGAAAGUUAUUUGUUUCUGGCCAUUUUGAGCCUGUAAUCGAACCCACAAUUGCUGAUGCUCCAGAUACUCAACUAGUCUCAAGAAGGCCAGUUUUAAUGCUUCUUUAAUCAGCACUACAGUUUUCAGCUGUGCUAACAUAAUUGCAAAAGGUUUUCUAAUGAUCAAUUAGCCUUUUAAAAUGAUAAACUUGGAUUAGCAAACACAACGUGCCAUUGGAACACAGGACUGAUGGUUGCUGAUAAUGGGCCUCGGUACGCCUAUGUAGAUAUUCCAUAAAAAAUCAGACGUUUCCAGCUACAAUAACCAUUUUCAACAUUAACAAUGUCUACACUGUAUUUCUGAUCAAUUUGAUGUUAUUUUAAUGGACAAAAAAUUGUUUUUCUUUCGAAAACAAGGACAUUUCUAAGUGACCCCAAACUUUGAACGGUAGUGUACAUUUUAUGGACACAGUCAAUUUUACAAUAAUUACAUUUUGAUUGUUUUUACUCCUGAACUUCCUCUACCCUCAACCUCUCUGAUCAUUUUCAUGAUGUCCAUCCAGUUUGCUUCUAUAUGCCAUAUCUUUCUAACUGUGCUCUUUCACGAAAGCUCUCAAGCUAUAACCUAUAUACUUAUUAUGGACACUGUAUGCUUUACAUUAGUUAUCUUGUUGUUAUUAGUUGUUGUUAGUUGUUAUUAGUCCCAUCCUUCAGCUCCAUUCAACACCUCCCAUCUAUCUCUUAACACAUCCAUAUUGGAUUUCUAUUUGCAAUAUAUUUUUCAACUGUAUUCUUUGUAUUAUGUACUUUGUGUUCUAUGCAAAGCUGAGCUCAUCUGAGCAGUAGACACUGAUCUUGGGUCAGUUUAGCAUUUCCCCCCUCAUAUGGUUAAGGUUAGGAUUGGGGGAAGGGAAGCUGAUCCUAGAUCUGUACCUAUGGGAAACUUCACACCGGAGCCAUCUGAACACAGUGUUGUUGUCAUUAUGAUGCUGCUGGUGCUGAGUGACUAUUGCCAUCUGCAGGGAUCAGACCUCAAAUUAUGUCUGCCUCAUCCAAUUAAAUCACUUGGGCUGCCCCCACUAAUCCCCCACAGUCCUCUGCUCUUAAAUAUGGAUUUACCUUUGAAUGCACAACACUCAUACAGUACGAGUUAGGCCAACACUAUUCAACAUCAUCACCCUUCCAUUUUCACCACUGUUGUUCAUUUAUUGUAGCCUACUGAUCUUUGGCCAUAUUUUUUCUCUUGUUUUUCAUUCCUACAGUAUGUCAUGCUGCUACUGCAAUGCUCAACGUCAUUCUCAUUAGGAGUAUUGGAUAUAGCCCACCAGGUUAGCCAGAAACCCCACAUAGAGAGGUGUUCUAGUUGGGGAAAAUAGGUCACAAGCCAUUGCUUUUGGAAAAAGUAGAUUAACCCUAAAACAGUUUUACAUGACAUUAACUCUUUACCACGCACAACAACACAUGCCUUGGUUUACUAUAUUGUACAAACAGCAAAGAAUGCUAUACACGACAAACAAACACUUCCGGAUGCACACAGACAAAACUGAAUACAGUAAUAACACAUUUUAAUGUAAGCUAAUGUGCUGUGCAGCCUUAGGUCUCACCCGGGACGAAGAGGACUAAGUAAGUAAAUGUACUGUUAAUAUAUCGCUAACCAAAAUGUGCAGUGUGUACUUUAAUCCUGUAGCGCUGCACAUAUUUUGAGCCCUCCAGUGUAUUAGCAUUCAGAUUACCAUCCUGGGUCCUGGCCACGGAGACUGAACCAUAUGCCACUGCAGCUGUGGACGGACAGCAGUGUCCUUCAGCAUCCAAAUGGGCCCUUGUGUCCUAGCGCUGGUCCAGGGCCAGAGCUUCUGUUGGAGCUAGGAACACAAGCAUUUCGCUACACCCGCAAUAACAUCUGCUAAAUAUGUGUAUGCGACCAAUAACAUUUUAUUUUAUUUUGAUUUGAUGUCCAAGACAGGUUUCAGGAAAGCAUGUACCAAGGCAAACCAUAGAGUGAAAUAGAAAUGCUAUAUCUAUACAGCACAGGUAAUCAAUGAUAACACACUUCACACACACUUCAGUUAAACUGUAGAUGUCAUUUGUAGAUAAACCUCUAUGCUUGUGUUUGUGUUCUGGGAGUGGCAAGUCUAAUAGCAGAGCGUGCUGCUGCAUCAUUGAAGUACUACAGUAGCGUGUGAUGUGUACUGUAAUGCUCCCAAGCCCAGAUGUUUGCUCUACACAGAUAUGCUGCUGCACUGUAAUUACAGCUUGGGUUUACUCCUACUGCACUUGAUGAUACCAGACCAUUAGCACACUAUUUUACAAUAGAUUGGUUGCAUCCCAAUGGGCACUGGUCAAAAGUAGGACACUGUAUAGGGAAUAGGGUGCCAUUCGGGACGCAGUCAUGGACUUGAGAGAUGUCAUCAAUGCUUUCGAAAACUUGAUCUUUGACCUCUGAACUUUGCUUUCUGUCAUUUCUUGGUCUCUGUUUUGAGUCAUUCUGAAGCCCCACCUGUUCACGCACAUGACAUCAUCCUACUAGAGAGCGUUUUGUGUGAGAGGCCAUAGUCCUGACUGAAGAAUCAGAGCAGUACAAAGUGCUGUCUUCAAAGCUCAAUUUAGCUUUUUGCCAUCCAGCAAGGUUUUCACGCACAUUGUUUGGUUUAUACUUUGGAAUCUUUUAGUAAUAAAUCUACUUAUUUUGGUUACUAAGUAGAUUUCAUCUGUCAGUUUCUGACCAUCUUAGAGAACACAUCAAAAUAAAGCUGAUUCUAUCAUUCUUAGUGUACACAGAUGUACAACAUAGUAACUUUGUCAGUGUUUCACAUUUCUUGUGCUUAGUAUGAACAUGGUGCAAUAACUGUAUUUAAAGAAUAUAGUAUAACUUGUUCAAUUGGCUUCAGUUCACUCGUAACAGUUAGUAACUACUACCCAUGGAAAAAUUUUGUGUGAUAUCCAUGUCAUGAUGCCCUGUCCAUGUUGUUACAGUGAAGCAGUGAGACAUGGGAUCCAGUUUGUUUAUUGAUUGUGUUCAGGGUGUACUAAUUGUAUACAAACUGUAGUACUAUUGACAGGCCAGACCUUGCAACUCAAUAUUAGGAAGGUGUUCUUAAUGUUUUGUACACUGUCAGUAAUGAGGUUAUUACUGCUAGUUCUCCUGAACACUCCUUGGACUUCUGUGGUUAGGGCGAAGACAGCUAUUUGGGUCACAAAACUCCGUAGACAGGCUGACACCGUAAUGAUAGUAUAUAUAGGGGCUGGUACUGCAGGAUGGAGCAGGAGCGUGCACGUCACCAGCCCACUCAGUGACGUCUGCAAGAGAUACAUACAUUGUCUGUCUCCCGGCAUCAAUGAAGCCUUUGAGGAGACAUAAGAGAGAGAGAGAGUGGCACACAUCAGAGAGAGAAGCAUGGCCAGAUGAAGAUAUACUCCCUCUAACCACUAGCCCUUUCUACACUGUAGGGUGGAGGAACAGGCAGAGCCAGUGAAUUGUGGGAAGGCUCUAGUAAGCUACGCCAGCACUUCAAUGAUACUGCCCCCUACAAAGUGCCAUUGGAUGUUUUUGUCAGUACUGCUCAACAGGUCUACUCUUUGAUUGGUUUAUCAGUAUGGACUGUCAGAAACAUACUGCAACAUUGGAUAGGCCUGCAUACAUUAACCAGAACGUUGCUAAUUUUCUUGCUUGAUGAAUACACGGAGAUAUAUGUGAAUGAUCCGGUAGUUUGUUGUACCAUAUGCUAUAUACUGUAUAUGAGUCACCUCACACACAGACACACAGAAUCACACAUAGACACACACACAGACACUCAUACAUAGGCUCACAGACAGAAAAGAAGCACACCAUGUAGGGUUUGUGUUCCACUGAAGCAGGGGUAAGACAUCUUGAAGUUGUUGGGUUGUUGGAUUUCUGCGGCGUCUCUGCUAUUUGUAAGUUCUUAUUGUUUGCAGCAGCAACAUAACAUCUGGACUUCGAAAUAUAACAGCCACCCUGAGACCAUAGCCCAAGUCAUAACAAUGACAAAGCAUAAUUCACUUAUUUAUAACUAUUGUACAACCUUGUGAUUUACUAUAACUGUCAUGUUUGGGAGCAGACGAUUGAUAACACAUCACAUCCGGAGAAAGACUGCUCAGGACAAAGACUGCUCAGUUGGAGAUUGUAAUUCCUAGGGUUUCGAAGGGGAAAUGUCUUUAAAUUAGAUUUGUGAGCAUCUUGUUGUGUCGUGACACCCAGCCCUGAAUCUCUCUCUCUCUCUCUCUCUCUCUCUCUCUCUCUCUCUCUCUCUCUCUCUCUCUCUCUCUCUCUCUCUCUCUCUCUCUCUCUCUCUCUCUCUCUCUCUCUCUCUCUCUCUCUCUCUCUCUCUCUCUCUGACAUGUGCGGUCAUCAUAUCAGCAGCAUUCACCACUAAUCUCCCCAAGUCUCCUUCUCAUCAGCACCACACAUCUGACACUUUCACACUUAAUCUAGACACGUCUAUGGUUCUGGAUAGCAGAGGAUUCGUUUCACAAUGACUGUGUGGUGUAAGGUGCCAAAUGUGUUAAAAUGUGUUUAGUAACUGCAUCACAGUUCAUUCGCAAUAGGACUGAGUGGUUGUUCACUCUGAUAAGUGUUUUUAGAAGAGGCUCUUUUAGUCAGACUCGGGCUUUUCCAAACAGGAAACACUGUGUGUAAAUCUACACUAUCCAGCUGUCACCAUGUAAUGACGUUUUCUGAGGUCAACUUACUUCUCACAAAGGUAUUAUAUACCCUUUCUGUUUUUAUGUUAUAACCUCGUUCACUUCUAUAGCCCCAAUGCUUAUAGGAGCUAAUGUGCCGGUUUAUCAUUCUUGAUACUAUGUAAGUCUGUCAAUGUUAUUUGUCAGUAAUGAAUACAUCUGUCAUGGUCAUGUAAAAAACUAUACCUUGAGUACUUUUUAGUUGACCCUCGAGUAGAUUAUUGUUUGAGCUGGAACAUUGAAAUGCCUAGGUGACCUGGCUACCAUGUGCAUGCAGCUAAGACAACAAGCAUAAUGUGCUAUUCUGUUUAACCAAAGUGUGAUGUAGCUAUUUAAAAUAUUGCCUAGUCAGACCAUGACUCUGUUCCAGCUGGCUGAUAGGAAUUAUUAGAUAGGUACUACCAUCUUGUCUAUUUCAAAUCUUCUCUCAUUGAUUAAGACAGGUGAGUGUCAUCAUGACAUGCAGCACUUUGGGGUGGACACCCACCUGUCUCAAUCAAUGAGAGAAGAUUUGAAAUAGACAAGAUGGCGUCGUACACAUCGUUGGAUUACUUCAUGGAGCAAAACAUUUAAUUUAUUUAAUAACGGAGCAUUUUCAAAUGUAAUUCAAUUCAAAUGUACCCCCUGCAACUAGACAUGUACGUUUAGAAAACAUUGGUUGUCUUCCAAGUCGGGAAUUGAGGAAGUAUCUGCAAGUUAAGGUUGGUCAAAAAAUUAUCUGUGCUACGCCAAACAGUACCUAACCUGUAUUGGCUAAUGGCGCAUCACUUUAGCCCGUUACAAUCUGCUAACUAAGUGCGAUCAGUGUGAUUCAGUGCACCUCAAAUAAACCAUGCCAAACGAGACUCCUGGGUAUUAUCCAGUGUUUUUUAAAGCAAUAAUAUUAUCCUGGGGAAGAUAAUGACUACAUGGAUUCAACAUUGCAAUUGUUCCAAUUAUGGAACAAUAUCGCCACCAAGCAAUGCACAGCACAGCACAACACUACACAACUGCAAUCAUUUCAGUUUUUCAUUGGCUGCUUGGCUUCUUUAGAGGCCUGUCCAACAAAGUGUUUGCUGACCAUUUGAAUUAUUCUCCAAAGACAAAUUCUGACAGAACUUUGUCUCUCCUUCACAGAGAAAUGAUGAAGAGGCUGUGGUGGACAGAGGUGGAACCCGGUCCAUGCUGAAAACCAACUUUGAGAAGGAGGAACUCGAAGGUACAUUGACAUUAUGAAGUACAAUACCUUAAGUAAAUUGUGUGGAAGCCUGGAAGGAAGGUUAGAAGGCCACCCACAUGGCCAAUUGAGAGAAGGCUGUUGUUUUCAAGACUGAGGCUACUCCUGCUGAGACUGAGGCUGUCCUAAUAUGGACACCGUACCCAUGAGACUAGAUAGGGUGGUAACAAGACAGCUGUUUGAGCUGCAGUGCACUUCAGGACAGGAAAAUACUCUGAUUGGUCGGUUAGUCGUGACUCAUGACAAUAAUAGUGCGUAGAUCGCUGAAAAUAAUCUAUUUUUGUGUCUGAAUUGUAAAGACCUGAUGACUAAAGAGAAGGCCUGCUCAUUUUAGCACAUAGUAACACAUUGUGAAGGUUGAUUUGCCUGGUUCUUGAGUUGCUCUAGUGGCUGGUCACUGAGCUGUGUGUUGUGACUAGGAUUCAGCUCACGCCAACAGUGUGUGCUCAGGUGUCUUCCAUGUGAUGUUACUCACAAGCCCCCAGGCCAGAAUCACAGUAUCUGAACAACAUAGUUUGAGUACACACCAGUGGUGGUCAGUGCCGUUUAAGAUGAGGGAAGACAAAUGUAUUUUUUAUGAGCAUGGCAUUAUUUCUAUUACAGCAUAUUGGAUGACUGUCAUUCAUAUUCCAUUCACCCAGCUCAAUGUAACAUCGAUAGGUUUAGGCUACUACAUGAUACAAAAUGUUUCCCUAUACCCAUCAUGAGGUUGCUACAACCUAGCCUACAAAUGAAAGUUUAAAACAUAGGUGCACAGGUCGAGAGAAAAAUGUGAGUAAUCAAGGUGAUAGACAGUGACACAUUCAAUACAGCCUUGCACACUCUAGCCUGCAUCUAGCUGAUCUAGGGUGUAAUCAUUAGUCCAACAGUUGCAAACGAGAGUUUCUAUUGGACAAAUUCAGGUAUGUUUAUCCCCAUUUCGUUCCGUUUGCUUCCGUUUAAGAAACGUUUUUCAAAAGAAUCGGCGGAAUAAAUACACCCCUGAUAACCUGCAAACACAGUUCACUUUCAUAGCAGGCACAUAAAAACAGCAUGAUCACUUUGAUCAUAAUUCCUUCUCGCAUCUACGCCCUCUCCUCCUCUCACCUUUUCCCUUUGCUUGUGGACUUCAUUGCACAACGCAACAGCUGUCUCUGACCAGGCGAAAAAAGCUUUCCAAGCCAAACCUUCAUACCAUAACCGCUAACCGCUACACACAGCCUACAUCGUUGUCACCAUAUUAGCUAACGUCAUAGUCAACAUAGCUACUAGAACCAACGCGUUAGAAAACCCGUUACAAUCAUGCAGUACAGUGGACAGCAAGCAGUUUAGCAGUUACACCGCCACAUUUGCAAUAAAUUAAUCAAACCAAAAGCUUACCUUGACUUGGAAGAGUUCCAGUGUUGGAUAGCCAUAGCCAGCUAACUAACAUAGCAUGUUUGAGUAGGCUAAACUAGCUAGCUGCAUUCACUAGCUAAGAAAGUGAAAGUGAACAUUUAAAAAAAUCUCUCUCUAUCACUCUCUUGCUUUUCCUUCAUUUGUGAAGAAAUUUCUUUGUUCAAAACUGUUCAAAUAUUGUCUUUCUUUCUCUUUGAGUCAACUACUCACCACAUUUCAUGCACUGCAGUGCUAGCUAGCUGUAGCUUAUGCUUUUCAGGACUAGAGUAAUUCUCUGAUCCAUCAGUUCAUGCUGCAAGAGCUCUGAUAGUGUCACGUUCAUUCAUCGACAGGUCAGACCAAGGUGCAGCGUGAUAUGCGUACAUGUUUAUUAAAUAUUAAACACAACGACAAAAUAACAAACAAAACGAAACGUGAAGUCCAAGGCAACACAACAUACCUUAACUGGAACAAGAUCCCACAACCCACUAGUGCCAAUAGGCUGCCUAAGUAUGGUCCCCAAUCAGAGACAACGAGCUACAGCUGCCUCUGAUUGGGAACCACACCGGCCAACAUAGAUCUACACAUAAUAGAAAGUACAACAUGGACAAACACAGCAAGGAAAAUACACACCCUGACUCAACAUACAAGCGUCCUCUGAGUCAGGGCGUGACAGUACCCCCCCCCCCAAAGGUGCGGACUCCGACCGCACAACAUAAACAUAACAGGGUAGGGGCCGGGUGGGCAUUCCGCCUCGGAGGCGGAUCCGGCUCAGGGCGUGACGACCACUUACUCUCCGCCUGUCUGUUGCGCCCCUGGUCUGGUCUGGACCUCGGCGCACUGCUUCCCCACUCCUUUCUCCCACGAAGUACCAAGCCCUGUCUGGACCCUGGUGUGGGAGACCCCGAACCUGGAGAGGGGCUGACGUCUGGGUCUGGACUGGAGCCGCUGACCGGAGCUGGACCGGGCACCGGUGGAGCGGACUUCACAGGCUCCGGACUGGAGCCGCUGACCGGAGCUGGACUGGGCACCGGUGGAGCGGACUGCUCUGGCUCUGGAGUGGAGCCGCUGACCGGAUCUGGACUAGACCCCGGUGGAGCGGACUGCUCUGGCUCCGGAGUGGAGCAGCUGACAGGAGCUGGAUCAGGCACCGGUGGAGCGGACUGCUCUGGCUCCGGAGUGGAGCCGCUGACCGGAGCUGGACUGGACCCCGGUGAAGCGGAUUGCUCUGGCUCCGGAGUGGAGCAGCUGACCGGAGCUGAACUGGGCACCGGUGGAGCGGACUGCUCUGGCUCCGGAGUGGAGCAGCUGACUGGUGCUGGAUCAGGCACCGGUGGAACAGGAACGGGCCGGACCGGGCUGGCGACGCGUACCACUGGCUUGGUGCGGGGAGCAGGUAUGGGCCGUACCGGACUGGCGACGCGCACCACUGGCCUGGUGCGGGGAGCAGGAACAGGCCGGGCCGGGCUGGCGACGCGCACCACUGGCUUGGUGCGAGGGACAGGAACAGGCCGGACCGGGCUGGCGACGCGCACCACUGGCUUGGUGCGAGGGGCAGGAACAGGCCAGGCCGGGCUGGCGAUGCGCAACACUAGCUUGGUGCGAGGGGCAGGAACAGGCCGGACCGGGCUGGCGACGCACACCACUGGCAUGGUGCGAGGGACAGGAACAGGCCGGACCGGGCUGGCGACGCGCACCACUGGCUUGGUGCGAGGGGCAGGAACAGGCCGGGCCGGGCUGGCGACGCGCACCACUGGCUUGGUGCGAGGGGCAGGAACAGGCCGGGCCGGGCUGGCGACGCGCACCACUGGCUUGGUGCGAGGUGCAGGAAUGGGUCGGGCCGUACUGGGAACACGCACCACUGGCUUAGUGCGGGAAGCAGGAACGGGCCGGACCGGACUGGCGACACGCACCACUUGCUUGGUGCGAGGAGCGGGACUGGGUUCCUUUAUUAACCCCCGCUCCUUCUGCUGCCUAACCAGCUCCUCUCGCCGUGCCUCUACACUUUCCUUCUCCCUUAUAGCCUCCUGUAGUGCCUCCCUCUGACCGAAUAACUCCUGCUCCCUCUGAACCAAUAGCCCCCGUAACAUUGUGGCCUCCUCUCCUAACCUGCAGAUCCGCCCUUUAACGGCCUCCUGCUGCCUCGUCGUCCACACCGUGUGCCCCCCCCAAAAUUUUUUCUUGGGGUUGCCUCUCGGGUCUCCGUCGUCGGCACUGUUGGCGCCGUUUCUCCUCUCCUACCUGGGCAUCCUCCUUCAUCGCCUUCCGGUAACGGACGGCCUCCUCCUCCGUAAUUCUCCCCCAACCGAGGAGGACAUCUACUAAUGUAACCUCCUGUUGAAUUCCUGGCGUUUGCUCCUGAACACGCUGCUUGGUCCUCGUUUGGUGGGAUCUUCUGUCACGUUCGCUUACAGACGGGACGGACCAAGGCGCAGCGUGAUAUGCGUACAUGUUUAUUAAAUAUCAAACACAACGACAAAAUAACAAACAAAACGAAACGUGAAGUCCAAGGCAGCACAACACAACAUACCUUAACACGGAACAAGAUCCCACAACCCACUAGUGCCAAUAGGCUGCCUAAGUAUGGUCCCCAAUCAGAGACAACGAGCGACAGCUGCCUCUGAUUGGGAACCACACAGGCCAACAUAGAUCUAUACAUACUAGAUUGUACAACAUGGACAAACACAGCAAGGAAAAUACACACCCUGACUCAACAUACAAGCGUCCUCUGAGUCAGGGCGUGACAGAUAGGUUGGAGGACGUCCUCCGGAAGUUGUCAUAAUUACUGUGUAAGUCUAUGGAAGGUGGUGAGAACCAUGAGCCUCCUAGGUUUUGUAUUGAAGUCAAUGUACCCAGAGGACAGAAACUAGCUACACCAUGGUGCUACCCCAGAGAGUGCUGUUGAGGCUACUGUAGACCUUCAUUGCAAAACAAAGUGUUUUAAUUAAUUAUUUGCUGAAUAUAUUUAAUAUAGUUUUAACUUUUUUAUGUUUCACUAUUUAAGUAUUUCUGAAAUUCACUGAGGAGGAUGGUCCUCCCCUUCCUCCUCUGAGGAGCCUCCACUGGUACACACACACACACACACACACACACUCACUCACUCACUCACACACACACACACACACACACACACACACACACACACACACACACACACACACACACACACACACACACACACACACACACACACACACACACACAAACACACCCACACGGAAACAUACACAUGGAAACAUACACACACACACGCAUGCAUGAACGCACAUGCACAUACUGUUCACAGUCACAUAUGCACACAAAAGCACACUGCUCCAGUAACAAAGCAAGAGUGUACAGAACUAUAUAUUUAUGCUGAGCUUUCAAGAACGUUACUUACAAUUCAUUUCAUCUUAAUUUCCAGCUAUACAUUUAUCAUAGCACGGAAGUUCCCAGUACUUGCGUAAAUGGAGGAAGUGAUUAGCCAUGAUUCCCUAGUGUUUGUGGGAUAACUGGGAUUGGUUUGAACAGCAGAGGCUGCUAGCUGCCUUCUUGUAGCCCCAGGCUACAAGAAGCUGUGUUUCUCCCCGAGGCGAGAGCAGGCGUGGAGUCAGGUCGGAUUACCCUUACACUGUCACAGCAGCACAUCCAUUCAGUCUCACUGAUAUCAGCAAGGCGACGGUCCACCCCUGCUGCCUGCUGCAGAUCUCAUCUAAACUCCUUGCUGUCUCAUCAUCCUCCCCAUUCUGCAGUUGGCUGGUUGCACAGAUCCCGGUCAACACCAAAUGGUUUAGUUUCUAUAUGAGACCAAGGUGAAUUACUUAUCAAUUUCAUAAUAUUAAUCUGUACAAUACGGUAAAUGAUAGAUAAUUAAGCAAUAAUGUACAAGGGGGUAUAUACCGAUAUACCAAGGCUAAGGGCUGUUCUUAAGCACGACGCAACGCAGAGUGCCUGGAUACAACCUUAGCCGUGGUAUAUUGGCAAUAUACCACAAACCCCUGAGGUGCCUUAUUGCUAUUAUAAACUGGCUACCAACAGUAAAAAUACAUGUUUUGUCAUACACGUGGUAUACGGUCUGAUAUACCACAGCUUUCAGCCAAUCAGCAUUCAGGGCUCGAACCACCCAGUUUAUACGUUUUAUCAUGUUUUUCUAACAGACAGUCACAUGCUUCAACCUCGCACAGUCUUUUUACUGCCAUUCAUGUAAUAUACUCCGUAACUUUCUAUCAAAUCGUUUCACUAUUUUUAGGUGACAAAUGUUUUAUUCAUCGUACAAGAUGAUGCACUAGGGGAUUUUACAGUAAGAGGGACCAGGCCUGUAUAGUACUUAUAUGGCAGAUGUUGAAGAUAAUACAUUCCUAGAGAUGUAUUUUCCACUGAUACAAAAUAAUGACAUCAGUAAAGGGUUGCAUACAUGGCAGUUGUUUAAUGUCAGAGAGAUGUGGGGUAGGUUAUUGUAUCUCUCAAUGAAAUAUUGGUGGCAUGACCUUGGAAGCAGAAAUCCAGAUUAUUCUAAGAUAUAUUUAUGCAAUUUGGUAAUGCUUUAUUUUAUAGCUGGUAUGUAAGCUGGUAUUUACUUAUAGCUGAUUAGAAAGUAAAGUGUAAUCCAUAAUGUUUGUCUUUGUUGUGGGUAUAUCUCUGUUGAUAUUGACCCAUAAAUACAAACAGAAUGGGCAGCCUUAAUCAGUGACCUCUUUGAAUAUAAUUAUUUCUCUACCUCUCAAUUUCUUAUGUUAUCACCUUAUCUUAUCUUAUUCAUAUCCCGGUGGCUGCAUCUAGGUCACAGGACACUCUAUAUUGGGGUACAUGUCCCCAUGGGGAGGAAGAGCCACCGGAGACAUCGACAUCACGGACACAGACACAGGAAGAGAAGCAGGGAGCGGGACUCUGGAGUGGACGAUGGAAGAGAAUCUCCCACAUACAGUAAGUAUUGCCACUGUCUGGCUGGCCCAUUUAAAAGCAGCAGCCGGAUUGUCUGGUCCUUUGGGUAGAAUAAAGCCAUUUUCCUUUUUGUUUGUUAUUACAAUAUAUUAUAUUUAUAUCAUUUGAUGAGUUAUAGGAUUCUGUAAUAAUAUGGAAUGUCUAUAUGGAUGCAUAGGGGAUGUUGUCCACACACUGACACACUGCCCAAAAGUGUAUGUGCAUAACCUGCUGCAGAGCUCCUUAGUCAGGGAGUCUGUAUGGCAGACAAUACUGUAAGUGAUGCCGUUACCUGACCCUGUGCUCCAGACACGCCCUCCCAGAGAGUGCAGUUCCUGCUGGGCACAGAGGAUGACGACGAGGAGCACAUCCCCCAUGACCUCUUCACUGAGCUGGACGAGAUCUGCCUGAAAGACGGAGAGGACACCGAGUGGAGGGAAACAGCCAGGUAGGGAGUCACAUGACACACCCCUGUCAUAUUUGUUAUUUUGAUUUUUUACUUAUCUGUUUUUUACUUAACACUUUUUUUCUUAAAACUGCAUUGUUGGUUAAGGGCUUGUAAGUAAGCAUUUUACUGUAAGAUCUACACCUGUUGUAUUCGGCGCAUGUGGCAAAUAACAUUUGAUUUGAUUUGAUUACUGAAAGCUUUUAAUCAAUUCCAAUGACACAUCCUAGGGAUUCCAUGUUGGUCCAUAGGUUGCUUUUUAAUCAUGCUAAGUGAUGGCAUUGAUAUAUAUGAUAUUAUUUAUUUAUUUAUAAUUUUAUUCUCUGUGAUAAUAUCCAAAUGCCAGAAGCAAGAGUAAACUUUACAUAAAGAGGGAUUGUAGACCUUGGGGAUGGAUGGGCUAAAUAAAGCUCUAAUUAUAAAGUCUGGUGCAUAAAGUCUGGUGCAUGAGAUCUGGGAGCCCAGAUUUAAAGGGAAACUAACGCUUGUUUACUUGUAGUAAACAUUUCUGUACCUCUACUUGUAGUAAACAAGCAUAAUGUCUGGACUGGAUAAAUAUCCUGUUGGGCUUUCUACACUACAGUACUUUCUGUCACAUUGAUAUUGACUGAUACACCUUUACAUGGAUUGUCAGUCAGUCAGUCCCUACCAAAUCGGAAAUCCAAACAUCCUUUUAUAUUGGUUUUUAGACAGGACCGGGGGCAGUCAAUUAAGGAGGAAUGACUGGUAGGGAGGGCACAGACUACAGUGGAGUCGAGAGCAUUACCGCUCGACCAGACUCCAGCACAGCAUCGAUAUGUUCUUAGUGUCCCCGUCUGUGUAAGCUGAGCUCUAUCAGUACAGGGCUUCCAGAUGGCUGAACAGCUGGCUGUCAUCUAUCCCCUAGUCCCCUGGAACAGUUUGACUGAAACUGGGCCUCUGUCCCUCAUACAGGUGGCUGAAGUUUGAAGAGGAUGUGGAGGAUGGAGGGGAGCGCUGGAGUAAGCCCUACGUGGCCACUCUGUCCCUGCACAGCCUGUUCGAGCUGCGCAGCUGCAUCCUCAACGGCGUCGUGCUGCUAGACAUGAGGGCCAACUCCGUGGAGGAGGUAGCAGGUAUUGUAGAGCAGCGGUUCCCAACAUCUUCCUUUCCGUUGACCAUCAGCUCACAAUCAAAAUCUCUUGAUGACCACCAUUAACUGAGUCACAGAAUAUAUUAACACAUUUCUUAGCGAUAAAAUGUAGAGUCAAUUUUGUCAGUAAAUGUAACAGAUUGAAGGUAGAUUAUUACAGAUGGAUGUUUGUUUAACAAUUUGCAUUGUGAAAAGUAAUGUCCGGGGACCAGAGUGGCAUCUGGAACUACGCCAUACACCUGCGUCAUAUUCAUUAGUGCAUACCGUAGAGAAACGUUUUGCAACAUAAAACAAAAAAAGCAUUUCUUCCAUUUUGUUCCUAGUGAAUAUGACCCUGUUCUAUGAUCUUAAUUUCAAUCUUUAAUUGUAAACAUUGUAAUCAGAAUGUAAUAGAUGGUUUCCUAAUUGCUGUUAAACUGUUGACUGUGUGGUGUUGUUUGUCAGACAUGGUGUUGGACCAGCAAGAGACUGUAGGUCCACUGGGGGACGAGGUGAGGAGGAAGGUGAGAGAGACCCUCCUCAAACAGCACCACCACCAGAACCAGAAGAAGCUGGCCAACCGCAUCCCCAUUGUACGUUCCUUCGCUGACAAGAAGCAGUCCGAGCCCCACUCCAUGGACAAGAACGGUGAGAAACAGGCAGCUCUCUGUUCAAGUACAUAGGAACAAUCAUCAUAAGAAGAUAUUUGAAAAGUUCUUAACUCAUUGAAUCCAGCCAGUCCCUAAAUCUAAAACCUGAAAAUUCAUUACUUUUAUUUAUCUUAUCUUUUAUGUCCUCAUAUUUAGCCUCACAUUGAAGUGUUUUACAAUUUUAUUUUCAGGACAACCAGGGCACAAAAUUGAACACAAAAUUGACAUAAACAGUUGCAUUCAUGAGUUUUAUUGACAAAUGUAAAUAAAAAAAUAAAGUCUGUCAUGCAGAAACCUGAUAAAAAAUAAUUGAUAAGAAUGCUGUAAGUACAGAAAUUGUUUGCUCAGUGGGAAAUGAAUAUCCAACCAGUCAGUGACAACUGUGUGGAGUUCGGAGUUUGUGACAGCAACUAUGUAAGGUUAUUACAAUAUUAUAGACACUAUGUCCUGGGCGGAAUUUGUACUUGAACUUGAAAUUAGUGAAAUAAACUUUAAUAUCCACACGAUAAGUGUCUGAAAUACAUCUGAGAGAUAUAGGAAAGCUCAGAAAAACAUUAGGCAAGAUCGCAAUGCAAUAAUUGUAUAUGGUCUUCUAUGUAGAAGAACCCUUGUGACCCUUAAGACUUCUACUGCUUGUAAACAGAUUACAUGUGCGUGUUUGUGAGAGCCUCAGCUUUUUAUAGUGGGGUCAUAAUUGUUUGUAGCUCAACCAUUCAGACUUUACAGAUGUUUAUGUGAGACAAACCGUUUUCGAGUCUCGCAAACACAGCUCUAGUUCAGCCCCCAUCAAUCACACAGACUAAUGGUUGGCAUCAGUGGAUGCAGAAGAAAUAGACAAAUCUGAUGCAAACAACGAGCUACAGAAACACACAACGUUUAAGAGGAUUUGGAAGCACUAAAAUAUUGCCGAAGAUAGCGUGGGAUUUAAGAACUAUCUUAUGAACUUAUUAUUUUUCUUUUAAGAAACAUCCUAGAUGUUUUUUUCACAAAUAUUUUUGUGAAACCCGGGCCCUGGUGCAUCCAGAAGUGUUUCAGUUCUCCUCACCUUUUACUACUGGUCACAGCAACGUUAACAUUUGAAAUAAUCUUAGUAGUGGUUUCAAUCAUCCCACGUGGAUAACUUUCUCAUUCUACAUGACCUUGUACAUAUUUUACCUUCUUUUCAGUGUUCAGUGUGUCUCUCUUCUCUUGUUUCCUUGUGUGUGUGUGUGUGUGAGUGUGCUUGUGUGUGUCUGUAUAUGUGGAUGUAUGUGUGUCUGGCAGGUGGUCCAUCACUCUGUUCUACCCUUAAGUCCUUCUGGUGCUCAUUUAUGGCAGCGGGGUCUAGCAGUGACAGGCAGGUCUCAUCCUGCACCCCAUGGCCACUGUGUUGUCCCCAGUGUGUCUCCUCCUCCAUCUCCUCUCCACACCCGACCUCAUCCACCACCCGCCUCCCUCCAGCCACUUCAUACCCAGACCCCAGACCACAGAAAAAGGGCCAGAGACCCCAGUUUGAUAUCCAACCCGUGGACAAGGAGGAUGACCCGGACCCAGGCAACUCUUAAACAUUGACAUAACCUUUCUCUACUGCUAGCACUUCCUAAACAUACCUUGUGAAGGUGGUAAUCUCUAAGCUUUUUCCUUCAAUAAUAGUUAGAGGUUGUGUUGUGUGUUUUCAGGUCAUUUAAUCAACUGUCAGUUAUAGACCAUCAGGUGAGAAAGUGUAUAGUAUAGACAAUACUCAUAUCAUAUUUCUUUUAACCUUUAUUUAACUAGGCAAGUCAGUUAAGAACAAAUUCGUAUUUACAAUGACGGCCUACCCCGGCCAAACCCAGACGACGCUAGACCAAUUGUGCACCGCCCUAUGGGACUCCCAAUCACAGCCGGAUGUGAUACAGCCUGGAAUCAAACCAGGGUCUGUAGUGACGCCUCUAACACUGAGAUGCAGUGCCUUAGACCGCUGCGCCACUCGGGAGCCGUACAUUGUAAAUGUAUUCCAUUGAUCACGAUGAGACAUCAGUGACAGUUAUUAGGUAUAUCUAUCAACAGGGAUAAUGUUAAAAGAGUUGCUGUACUUAUCUUAAACAUUAACAUCAACUAUACGUUGAUUUCUACGUUUUUAAUAUCAGAAUUUAAAAUAUAGAGAUAAGGUGUGAUCAGUGUAGAAGAUGUGGACAGGGAAAUAUUCAGAAGAGAAAAGGCCCUGAGCAGCAGGGUUCACUGAUCCCUUAGGUUCCAUGUGAAUGAUACCUUAUUGAGAAUGUCCAUCACCUUUUACAGGAAUUAUGUUUCGGAAGCAAGUUUGCCAGCAUUCCACAUGCCAAUUUUGAUACAUGAAGACCACCCAAAACCCUUUUAGCAAGUCAUUCUCUGCUGUCAUUUUAUUCAGAGUGGUGUGACACAGGCACAUUCAUUUUAGUAGAGUGCUUAUCCAAAAGCUAAAUUAAAGAGUGGCAACACCGAGUGCGUGAUUAAUAAACAAAACCAGAGCCAUGUUAGUGAGGGCACCCUCCUACUCAUUGCAAGUAAUGCCAUUUAAAGCUAAAGGGGUUGAGGCUGUGGUGUUUCUUCACUGGCCACAGCAGCUAGCUUGGUAAAUUGCUUGAGGCUUCUCUCAUUUGAGUUCAUGUGGAAAUAUGAGUCAAAAUGAAUCAUUGCAAGGCAUGCUUUUAUUUCAGAUUAUUUAGAUUUGUUAUGCAUCCGUUAGUCACUGAUAGUUUCUACUGGCUUGUGAAAGGAUCAAACACUGAAAUUAGUAUUUAUCUGUGCCCUCUCACAAAUAAAAUUAAUCCUUGCGAUUUAAAUCCUUUUGCUCUACUCUGGCAGCUGUGGGCUAAUUUCCUGUUUGCAUCAGUCAGUCUCCUUGACACAAUGAUAAUGCUAAAAUGAUCAUGCUGAAAUCCUAAUGGACAAGCUUCACCCACCCAUCCUCACCAAGGCCAUCCAUGACUUCCAUCCUCCCCCAUGCAGCCACUCUUAGGCUUUAUCUUCGGUCCUCUCUUGGGAUCUGCACUGAAUAAGGGUACUUUGCCAAUGUCUGAUAAAUCCCAGAUUACAUCAACAUUAGAGUGCAAAUCUAUAGAUAUCUGAAGCACUGUUGGUAAUUUUGGUAUCCCAGGAGUGCUCUCUCCCUUUCUUUCUCUCUCUGUGAGACGCUGUGAUUUAUUACCAUUGGCACCUGCACUGCUGUGAAACCUUGAUGUUGGUCUAAUAUACAGGGCUCAGUAGUUGACUUAUUGGACUCCUUCCUCUCUUUUUGAUCCAGGUCAGGUGAUUCCUCCCCAGACCUCUCUACCCAUCCCCAAUGACGGCAAAGCUGAAGUCAGCAGAGAGAACAGUGCUGUGGACUUCAGUAAGGUACAGUAAGACAUUCUGGGCCCGUAUUCUCAAAGAAUCUCAGAGUAGGAGUGCUGAUCUAGGAUCAGGUCCCUCCCUCUUAUUCAUUAUGAUUUAAAAGGCCAAACUGAUCCUAGAUCAGCACUCCAACUCUGAGACACUUUAUGAAUAUAGACCUUGAACUCACUAACAUACUACAGUGCCACAUACUGCACUUAACAUACCAGCUGUUGCAGUUGACGGGUGUAUGAACAUUAAAAAUAAUCUGUUCCAUUUUCAUUUGUUUGUUGCUGUUAUUAUCCAUAGAAGUCCUCUUUUUGUGGAUUAGGAUUUAAACCAUUAUAACCACGCUAUAGCAAAACAGUCAUCUCACCAACACUGCCAUUAGCGCUGUGGAUUAUACUGGGACAACAACAGUCUCACUUACCUCUAAAUCCUACAAUGCUAACCUUUUGUCAGUUAACCUUUUGUACCAAAGUAUCAGAGCCUAUUGUUCUUGUUCUGAGAAUGUAUUUAAAACUGUCUAAUGUGGUUGAAUAAAUCCAUAAAUAAAAUGCAACCAAAUAUUUUUUAGACAAAGAAGCUUAAUGGAGAGUAUUCUAUAGAUGUUCUGGAUUUAACAUGGCUGUUUAACAUACUUAGGCCUGUAUUUGAACUGUACACUUAGCACCUUCAUUAACCUCAGUAUUGUGCCAGGGGCUGAUUUAGUGGUAGUGAUGCUGCUCACGGACCACACAUUGCCCAUGGAGGCAUGGGUUCAAACCCUGACUGUGCCACUUUCCAUUCUAUGUCCCUCUCCUCUAUCUCCUCAUCCCAAUCACUUAUUCACUGUAUCUAUCAAUACAAAGUACAAAUUACAUAAAUAAUAUAUUUAACCUCAGUAUCUGCUGCAAGUCCAUAUCCAUACUCUUCUGUCAGGAGGCAGAAGCCCAUGUUACACAUUUAUUGUCCCACAAUAUUAUAAAAAAUGCAAUUGCUAAAUUACUUCAAUUUGUUACACAUUCUAUAGGCUGAGCUUUUCUGUUCCACUUCACUACAAUAUAGUUUGUGGCCUCCUUAUUCAGUUAGCAGUGAGCAUGGAGUUUAUAGCUGGGACUCUGAUGCUUCUACUGCUUCUUCUUAAAGUUACAUCACUUCCAUUUGACGCAGUGCAGCUCCAUAGCAGACAGACAGGAUCACAGCAGAAUAGAGACAGGAGGAUCAGUUAGCAGGCAGCCAGGAUCACAGCAGAAUAGAGACAGGAGGAUCAGUUAGCAGGCAGCCAGGAUCACAGCAGAAUAGAGACAGGAGGAUCAGUUAGCAGGCAGCCAGGAUCACAGCAGAAUAGAGACAGGAGGAUCAGUUAGCAGGCAGCCAGGAUCACAGCAGAAUAGAGACAGGAGGAUCAGUUAGCAGGCAGCCAGGAUCACAGCAGAAUAGAGACAGGAGGAUCAGUUAGCAGGCAGCCAGGCAGGCUCAGGUCUGGAUGGAUGUGUUAUUGCGGGGGCAGUCACAGUGUAACAACAAGGAGAUGAAAACCUCUGGAAAUGUUAUGUAACUAGUGAUACCACUUUAGGCUGAUUAUGGUCAUCUUCUGUAAUAGUUAAUAUGUAUGUUAUGAUGGUUAUAUUAUGAAAUAGGGUCCAGUUGGCCAAUCUAUAUUUAGCUAUUAACAGGAAAUACACUAUUAUCACACAUAGGGUUGCAUAAUUGUGGUAUCUAUCCCAAAAAUCCUAGAUUUUACAGAAAUCCUGGUUGGACGAUUCCCGGAAUCAGGAGAAAACAAGCAGGCAAUCCGGAAAACCAGGGAAUUUUAGGAAAGUUAUCCGAAUUUUGUAACCCUAGUCACACAUUGUCAGGAGGGAUCAACGGUAGGGAUUAGGUUAUUUUUGUUUUGAGAAUGUAUUUCAGAUUGUCUGCUUUUCUUUUCUUAUUCAUGGGUUGCACCUUCAUCACUCAGUUGCGUCAUGCCAUUGUUAUGAGUGUUCUUAAAACGCCUCCGCCAUUACGGCGACUGGUGCCCACACAUUCUGAACGGGGACUAAUGACUGUUUCGUUAAAAUUACACUAUAGUGGCCUCGAUACAGUGGCUUGCGAAAGUAUUCACCCCCCUUGGCAUUUUUCCUAUUUUGUUGCCUUACAACCUGGAAUUAAAAUAGAUUUUCGGGGGGUUUGUGUCAUUUGAGUUACACAAGAUGCCUACCAAAUUCAAUCAAUCAAUCAAUCAAAUCAGCCCUUUUUACAUCUGCAGAUGUCACAAAGUGCUAUACAGAAACCCAGCCUAAAACCCCAAACAGCAAGCAAUGCAGAUGUAGAAGCACGGUGGCUAGGAAAAACUCCAUAGAAAGGCAGAAACCUAGGAAGAAACCUAGAGAGGAACCAGGCUCUGAGGGGUGGCCAGUCCCUUUCUGGUUGUGACGGGUGGAGAUUAUAACUGUACAUUAUUUUCUCCAAGAUGUUCAAACGUUCAAAGAUGACCAGCAGGGUCAAAUAAUAAUCACAGUGGUUGUAGAGGUUGCAACAGGUUAGUACAUCAGGAGUAAAUGUCACUUGGCUUUUCAUAGCCGGGCAUUUAGAGGUUCAAAUAGCAGGUGCGGUAGAGAGAGAAAGUUGAAAACAGCAGGUCUGGGACAAGGUAGUACGUCCGGUGAACAGGUCAGGGUUCCAUAGCCGCAGGCAGAAGAGUGGAAACUGGAGUAGCAGCACGACCAGGUGGACUGGGGACAGCAAGGAGUCAUCAGGCCAGGUAGUCCUGAGGCAUGGUUCUAGGGCUCAGGUCCUCCGGGAUGGGAGGGAGAGAGAGAGAUAAUUAGAGGGAGCAUACUUAAAUUCACACAGGACACCGAAUAAGACAGGAGAAUAACACCAGAUAUAACAGACUGACCCUAGCCCCCCGGCACAUAGACUAUUGCAGCAAAGAGGCUGAGACAGGGGGGGUCGGGAGACACUGUGGUCCCAUCCGACGAUACCCUCAGACAGGGCCAACCAGGCAGGAUAUAACCCCACCAACCUUGCCAAAGCACAGCCCCCACACCACCAGAGGGAUAUCAACAGACUACCAACCUACUACCCUGAGACAAGGCUAAGUAUAGCCCACAAAGAUCUCCUCAACUGCACGAGCCCAAGGGAGCGACAAACCGGACAGGAAGAUCACAUAAGUGACUCAACCCACUCAAGUGCUUCACCCCUCCUAGGGACGGCAUGGAAAGCACCAGUAAGCCAGUGACUCAGCCCCCGGAAUAGGGUCAGAGGCAGAGAAUCCCAAUGGAGAGACAGGAACCGACCACGUUGAAGAUGCAAAAUAUUUUUUUUGUGAAGCAAACAAGAAAUAAGACCAAAAAAAAACAGAACAUUUGAGCGUGCAUAACUAUUCACCCCCCCCAAAGUCAAUUCUUUGUAGAGCAACCUUUUGCAGCAAUUACAGCUGCAAGUCUCUUGGGGUAUGUCUCUAUAAGCUUGGCACAUCUAGCCACUGGGAUUUUUGCCCAUUCUUCAAGGCAAAACUGCUCCAGCUCCUUCAAGUUGGAUGGGUUCUGCUUGUGUACAGCAAUCUUUAAGUCAUACCACAGAUUCUCAAUUGAAUUGAGUUCUGGGCUUUGACUAGGCCAUUCCAAGACAUUUCAAUGUUUCCCCUUAAACCACUCGAGUGUUGCUUUAGCAGUAUGCUUAGGGUCAUUGUCCUGCUGGAAGGUGAACCUCCGUCCCAGUCUCAAAUCUCUGGAAGACUGAAACAGGUUUCCCUCAAGAAUUUCCCUGUAUUUAGCACCAUCCAUCAAUCCUUCAAUUCUGACCAGUUUCCCAGUCCCUGCCGAUGAAAAACAUCCCCACAGCAUGAUGCUGCCACCACCAUGCUUCACUGGGGAUGGUGUUCUCGGGGUGAUGAGAGGUGUUGGGUUUCCGCUAGACAUUUUCCUUGAUGGCCAAAAAGCUCAAUCUGACCAGAGUACCUUCUUCCAUAUGUUUGGGGAGUCUCCCACAUGCCUUUUGGCGAACACCAAACGUGUUUGCUUAUUGUUUUCUUUAAGCAAUGGCUUUUUUUCUGGCCACUCUUCCGUAAAGCCCAGCUCUGUGGAGUGUAUGGCUUAAAGUGGUCCUAUGGACAGAUACUCCAAUCUCCGCUGUGGAGCUUUGCAGCUCCUUCAGGGUUAUCUUUGGUCUCUUUGUUGCCUCUCUGAUUAAUGCCCUCCUUUCCUGGUCCGUGAGUUUUGGUGGGCGGCCCUCUCUUGGCAGGUUUGUUGUGGUGCCAUAUUCUUUCAAUUUUUUAAUAAUGGAUUUAAUGGUGCUCCGUGGGAGGUUCAAAGUUUCAGAUAUUUUUUUAUAACCCAACCCUGAUCUGUACUUUUCCUCAACUUUGUCCCUGACCUGUUUGGAGAGCUCCUUGGUCUUCAUGGUGCCUCUUGCUUGGUGGUGCCCCUUGCUUAGUGGUGUUGCAGAGCAGAUCUUAUUUAGGGGCUUCUUAGCAAAGGGGGUGAAUACAUAUGCACAUACCACUUUUCCGUUAUUUAUUUGUUAGAAUUUUUUAAAAUAAGUUAUUUUUUUCAUUUCACUUCACCAAUUUUGACUAUUUUUAAAUCCAAAUAAAAAUCCAUUUUAAUUACAGGUUGUAAUGCAACAAAAUAGGAAAAAUGACAAGGGGGAUGAAUACUUUUGCAAGUCACUGUAUACGAUGACAUAGCUAAAGUAGGCAAAUAAUUAGUAGGAAACAACUUUGCCAUGAUUUUGAUGUUGUCAAAUUUACUUUAGAGAUAUGGCAAUGUUGCCAUUAGCUAUCAAAGUUUGUCAAAACGGUGCUGUCACCUCAGUCUUAGCUAGCUAACUAAAGUUAUACUGCAUCUAAAGUCAAUCUGGCGACAUCACAAUGAUGACAAAAGGUUUUCCUACUAAUUAUUUGCCUACUUUUGAAAUGUCAUUGUGUUUUCAAGCCACGGUAAUGCACUUUAGACUACAUCUUCAUCAGCGCCCAUUGACAAUGCAUUGAGUAGAAUUCUCAGUUGGGCAUCAGUCUUAAAACAAAUGUUCAAAACAAUAUUGUGACGAAAUGUGCAAUCCAUGAAUACUCUUCUUUUGAGUUGAGAUAUUAAUACAGUAAAAUGCUAUAUUCAGACUUCAGUCGUAAAAUGCUCCACUAAAAACAGCAUAUUCUAUCCUGUGUCCAUCUAGAUAGACCUCCAUUUCAUGAAGAAGAUUCCCCCGGGAGCGGAAGCGUCCAAUGUGUUGGUGGGUGAGGCGGAGUUCCUAGACAAGCCUGUGGUGGCGUUUGUACGUCUCUCACCUGCAGUCAUGCUCAACGGGCUGGCUGAGGUCCCCAUCGUUACCAGGUUAGUAACACUAUGACCCCAAAUUAGUGUUGCAGUAUUCCCGUAACUUUCCCAAAAUUCCCAGGUUUUCCAGAAAUCCCGGUAGGAAGAUUCCUGGAAUCAGCAGGAAAUCCGGGAAUCCUCAAACCAGGAUUUCUGUAAACCUGGGAUUUUUGAGAAAGUUACCGGAAUUUCACAACCCUACCUUCAAUUAGUGUAUAACUAUGGUCUCCUGUCUAUGACUAACACUAUGCCCUCCUUAGUCCUUUUUGGGCUGACCCUCAAUUGUAUACACUGCUCUGUUUUUUUUUAGGUUCUUGUUCAUUCUGUUAGGGCCUCUUGGGAAAGGGCCACAGUACCAUGAGAUUGGCCGAUCCAUCGCAACACUAAUGACAGACGAGGUAAGACAGCCUCUCCAAUACUGAACAUAGUUGUUGGGCAUGACUGAAUGAACAUGUCAAUUCAUGACUGAAUUUAUUCUGGUUCUUCAUUCCAAGGUUUUCCAUGAUGUUGCCUACAAAGCGAAGGACCGCAAUGAUCUAAUUGCUGGAAUCGAUGAGUUCCUGGACCAAGUGACAGUCCUGCCACCAGGGGAGUGGGAUCCUUCUAUACGAAUAGAGCCCCCAAAAAAUGUACCGUCUCAGGUGAGUUUAGCCCCUUCUUUAACAAGUCUGUCAUCAGCGGACAUACAAAUAACUACAUACAUGUACAUAUUACCUCAAUUACCUCGACUAACCGGUGCCCCCGCACAUUGACUCGGUACCGGUACCCCCUGUAUAUAGCCUCGCUAUUGUUAUUUUACUGCUGGUCUUUAAUUAGUUGUUACUUUCUUUAAACUGCAUUGUUGGUUAAGGGCUUGUAAGUAAGCAUUUCACUGUAAGGUCUACACCUGUUGUAUUCAGCGCAUGUGACAAAUAAAGUUUGAUUUGAAAAAUGAAAGAAAUAACAGAGAAGUGUUCUUUGAAUAACAGGAGAAGAGGAAGAUUGCAGCACAGACCGGCACAGGUGAUGAAGAGGAGCACGAGGGACAUGGUGGUCCGGAGCUGCAGCGGACAGGACGGUAGGUGGGGGGGGGGGGGGGGGGGGGGGGGGGUUGCCAGAGGCUUAGAGAGUGUGAGUGUAUGUGGUUGUGGUUGUAUGUGGUUGUGGUUGUGUAUUUUGUGGUUGUGUAUUAAGAAAUAACGAUAGAUUAAAAGUGAUCAGGUUUUUCAGCUAUUUUUUGAAAAACAUCUAUGGAACAUUGGACAGAGGCCAGGUUUGCCAUUGCCACUGUGUGCAGUUCAUCUUAGGUGUGAACGAAAGUCAUGCAAUGGUUGCCAUACGCUCUCAGAAAAAAGGUAAGGUUCAGGUACAGUAUUGUUCCCUGGGGUACAAAAAGAUCAAAAUACACAUAAUGUACCUACAGAGGUACACAUAUGAUCUCACAUGGUACUGUCUGGUAUCUUUAAGGGUACAUGUGUGGAUAAUCUAGUAUAAUGGUACAAUGGUAUAAUCUAGUAUAAUGGUAUAAUGGUACAAUGGUAUAAUCUAGUAUGAUGGUACAAUAAUCAUUGGAGGUGUGGCUUAGUGGGGAAUUGGCUUUCAGUUAGUUAUUUUUGCCACCCUUGAGUAGAAGUGUUGUACCAGUUUAAGUGGUCUAUGGUCUGUUAAUUCAAGUUCGAGUAUUGCUCGCAAGGGUACAAUUAUUUACUUAUAACUAAUGGUACAAUUGACGUACAUUACAGGGUACAACUACAGUGACAAGCGUUUGUACACAUUUAAGGACAAUUUGCAACCUUUUCUUCUCAGAGUGUAGCAACGUAAUGAUUGGCUCCUAAAUGCCUGGUCUAUAUUCUGCCGCAUGGGCAUGAGCUCAUGCUAAGUCAUCCUCAUUACUGUCUCUACAGUAUUUCAUGCACAUUAAGUAGUGUGAGGAGUACAUAAAGUAAAAAAAUGAGUAAAAAAAAAGGCUCCAACUGCAAGCAAACUCCACACUUCACCACGAGACAGCAGAUUACCAAUGCGGUUGGAUAUGGAUUUGAAAUGCAGGCAUUUGUUAGGAGGCUAGUUUCAAUGUGAGCGUCAGAAGAGAUUAAAUGAAUGACUAUUAUAUAAAAUACAAUUAAAUAAUUUCUAUCUGUGCUGUUAUUACAUAUGCAGUAGGUGUCCUGUGUGUCUUAGUUGAUAGAGCAUGGCGCUUGCAAAGCCAGGAUUGUGGGUUCCAGUAAUGCUGGAGCCACCUAAACUUGUAUGCACACACUAAUAUUAGUAAUUUUGGAUAAACCUGUCUGCUAAAUGGUUUAUAUUAUUAUUAUGUUUCCAGAUUCUGUGGGGGUCUCUUGUUGGACAUUAAACGCAAAGCGCCCCACUACCUGUCCGACUACACAGACGCUCUCAGCCUGCAGUGCUUGGCCUCCUUCCUCUUCCUGUACUGUGCUUGCAUGUCACCCGUCAUCACGUUCGGCGGUUUACUGGGAGAGGCAACAGAAGGACGCAUAGUAAGUCACCAUGGUUUCAUCCCAAAUGGCUCCCUAUUCCUUACAUAGUGCACUACUUUUGUGACCUGGUCAAAAGUAGUGCACUAUAUAGAGAAUAGCGUUCCAUUUAGGAUGCUGCCCAUCCCGGUCAAAUACACAGUAAUAGAAUAAAAAACUGCUUAGAGAUUUAUUGAGAGAUAAACUACACUGUAAAACCAGAUAAAUUCUGGCUACUCAAACAUUUUGAGGAAACAGAUUACCUAAAAUAAAUUAGGUUAAGAAACUUAAAUAGCUGAAGUGAGCAGUACUACCUUCAUAUAAGUAAUACAAAUGCAGUUUUUUUGAGUAAGGUAUACUUUUUUGAUUUAAUUGUAGUUACCAUCCAUGACUGUAUUUGUUAGUGACAGAGACAUGGUUGUUGAAUUCGUUUAUUUUCAGUCCUGUGGCCUUCACCAAGUGAGUUCCUAGGUGAAUAUUAUCGUUAUAAUUGAACCAUUACAUAUAUCAUAAGGCCUUAUACAGUGGCCUGAAACUCAUAGUUUACAGGCCACAUCAGGCCUGCAAGUAGGGUUGCAAAAUGCCACAAUCUUUCCCAAAUAUUUUUCCAGUAAUCUUCCAACCAGGAUUUCUGGAAAAACCAUGGACAUUUCCAAGAAUUUUGCAACCCUAACUGUAAAUCCCAUAAUGUUGGCUUGCAAAGUGAUGUGUAAUUCCUAUUGGAAUCUAGCCAGCGUUAGGCUAUCCAACAGUUGAAAUUUGUAUUCACCCGCAACCUGCAUUCAUAAUGACUGCCAGGGUUAAGAACAAUGGGAGGAAACUACCUAAGCCAUUUAAACUGGAACAACCAUUUCAGUAACGGGUGCAAAAACUCAAUGAUUGGAUUAGUUUAUAAAUAAUUAUCUUUGUGUAUCAAAACAUUCAAUCAAUCAAUCACUCAAUGUACAUGCAAAAAUGCAGAUAUUAAAAACAAUUCCAAAAAAUCUACCUGCAGUAGAGCAUGCUGGGAAAAAGUUAAUUUGUUAUCAUAUCGUUAAAAAAUGUAGUUGGUGUGACUUCUCAUUUAGUUCUGAGUCAGUACCACUGUAAUAAUGGCUUUUCAUUGAGUUUGAGUACAACUUACUAGAAGUAUUUGAGUUAAAAAUACCUUGGGGUUUACAGUGUAUGUUUCUUUGUGUCCUGCAGAGUGCAAUUGAAUCACUUUUUGGCGCCUCAAUGACAGGAAUAGCUUAUUCCCUGUUUGCUGGCCAGCCACUCACCAUAUUGGGCAGCACAGGGCCUGUGCUGGUGUUUGAGAAGAUAUUGUAUAAAUUCUGCAAGUAAGUUUGUUUACAACACUAUAGGUGUAUUGUUUUAUAUAGCUAUAAUUAUAUAUACAGUAGUUGUAUAACACUAUGGGCCCACAUGAUUAAUAAUCUCUACAGUGAGGGAAAAAAGUAUUUGAUCCCCUGCUGAUUUUGUACGUUUGCCCACUGACAAAGAAAUUAUCAGUCUAUAAUUUUAAUGGUAGAUUUAUUUGAACAGUGAGAGACAGAAUAACAACAAAAAAAUCAAGAAAAACGCAUGUAAAAAAUGUUAUAAAUUGAUUAGCAUUUUAAUGAGGGAAAUAAGUAUUUGACCUCCUCUCAAUCAGAAAGAUUUCUGGCUCCCAGGUGUCUUUUAUACAGGUAACGAGCUGAGAUUAGGAGCACACUCUUAAAGGGGGUGCUCCUAAUCUCAGUUUGUUACCUGUAUAAAAGACACCUGUCCACAGGAGCAAUCAAUCAAUCAGAUUCCAAACUCUCCACCAUGGCCAAGACCAAAGAGCUAUCCAAGGAUGUCAUGGACAAGAUUGUAGACCUACACAAGGCUGGAAUGGGCUACAAGACCAUCGCCAAGCAGCUUGGUGAGAAGGUGACAACAGUUGGUGCGAUUAUUCGCAAAUGGAAGAAACACAAAAGAACUGUCAAUCUCCCUCGGCCUGGGGCUCCAUGCAAGAUCUCACCUCGUGGAGUUGCAAUGAUCAUGAGACGGUGAGGAAUCAGCCCAGAACUACACGGGAGGAUCUUGUCAAUGAUCUCAAAGCAGCUGGGACCAUAGUCACCAAGAAAACAAUUGGUAACACACUACGCCGUGAAGGACUGAAAUCCUGCAACGCCUGCAAGGUCCCCCUGCUCAAGAAAGCACAUAUACAGGGCCGUCUGAAGUUUGCCAAUGAACAUCUGAAUGAUUCAGACGAGAACUGGGUGAAAGUGUUGUGGUCAGAUGAGACCAAAAUUUAGCUCUUUGGCAUCAACUCAACUCGCCGUGUUUGGAGGAGGAGGAAUGCUGCCUAUGACCUCAAGAACACCAUCCCCACCGUCAAACAUGAAGGUGGAAACAUUAAGCUUUGGGGGUGUUUUUCUGCUAAGGGGACAGGACAACUUCACCGCAUCAAAGGGACGAUGGACGGGGCCAUGUACCAUCAAAUCUUGAGUGUGAACCUCCUUCCCUCAGCCAGGGCAUUGAAAAUGGGUCGUGGAUGGGUAUUCCAGCAUGACAAUGACCCAAAACACACAGCCAAGGCAACAAAGGAGUGGCUCAAGAAGAAGCACAUUCAGGUCCUGGAGUGGCCUAGCCAGUCUCUGGACCUUAAUCCCAUAGAAAAUCUGUGGAGGGAGCUGAAGGUUCGAGUUGCCAAACAUCAGCCUUGAAACCUUAAUGACUUGGAGAAGAUCUGCAAAGAGGAGUGGAACAAAAUCCCUCCUGAGAUGUGUGAAAACCUGGUGGCCAACUACAAGAAACGUCUGACCUCUGUGAUUUCCAACAAGGGUUUUGCCACCAAGUACUAAGUCAUGUUUUGCAGAGGGGUCAAAUACUUAUUUCCCUCAUUAAAAUGCAAAUCAAUUUAUAAUAUUUUUGACAUGCAUUUUUCUGGAUUUUGUUGUUGUUAUUCUGCCUCUCACUGUUCAAAUAAACCUACCAUUAAAAUGAUAGACUGAUCAUGUCUUUGUCAGUGGGCAAACGUACAAAAUCAGCAGGGGAUCAAAUACUUUUUUCCCUCAAUGUAUGUAUUGUCCAUAGCACUCUGGCCAUUUCUGUACUUGCAUCUCUGUGUUGUGGAAAAUUCGAUCCAAAGGUUAAGGCAGAGAUAUAAUAUAAUAUGAUGAUAUAAUAGAACAAUCUUUAAUACAAGCAGCUGCAGGGGAGAUCCACCUCUGAUUUCACAGAGAAGAACUCAAAUAAUAAAUGGUUACAGUGGCUUGCGAAAGUAUUCACCCCCCUUGGCAUUUUUCCUAUUUUGUUGCCUUACAACCUGGAAUUACAGUGGCAGGUAGCUUAGUGGUUAAGAGCGUUGUGCCAGUAACCGAAAGGUCGCUGGUUCUAAUCGCUGACUAGAUGAGAAAUCUGUCUGUGCCCUUGAGCAAGGCGCUUAACCGUAAUUGCUCCUGUAAGUCGCUCUGGAUAAGAGCGUCUGUAAAAUGUAAAUGUAAUUAAAAUGGAUUUUUGGGGGGUUUGUAUCAUUUGAUUUACACAACAUGCCUACCACUUUGAAGAUGCAAAAUAUUUUUUCUUGUGAAAUAAACAAGAAAUAAGACAAAAAAACAGAAAACUUGAGCGUGCAUAACUAUUCACCCCCCCAAAGUCAAUACUUUGUAGAGCCACCUUUUGCAGCAAUUACAGCUGCAAGUUUAUUGGGGUAUGUCUCUAUAAGCUUGGCACAUCUAGCCACUGGGAUUUUUGCCCAUUCUUCAAGGCAAAACUGCUCUAGCUCCUUCAAGUUGGAUGGGUUCCGCUGUUGUACAGCAAUCUUUAAGUCAUACCACAGAUUCUCAAUUAGAUUGAGGUCUGGGCUUUGACGAGGCCAUUCCAAGACAUUUCAAUGUUUCCCCUUAAACCACUCGAGUGUUGCUUUAGCAGUAUGCUUAGGGUCAUUGUCCUGCUGGAAGGUGAACCUCCGUCCCAGUCUCAAAUCUCUGGAAGACUGAAACAGGUUACCCUCAUUCCUUCAAUUCUGACCAGUUUCCUAGUCCCUGCCGAUGAAAAACAUCUCCACAGCAUGAUGCUGCCACCAACAUGCUUCACUGUGGGGAUGGUGUUCUCGGGGUGAUGAGAGGUGUUGGGUUUGCGCCAGACAUAGCGUUUUCCUUGAUGGACAAAAAGCUCAAUUUUAGUCUCAUCUUCCAUGUGUUUGGGGAGUCUCCCACAUGGCUUUUGGUGAACACCAAAUGUGUUUGCUUAUUUUUUUCUUUAAGCAAUGGCUUUUUUCUGGCCACUCUUCCGUAAAGCCCAGCUCUGUGGAGUGUACGGCUUAAAGUGGGCCUAUGGACAGAUACUCCAAUCUCCGCUGUGGAGCUUUGCAGCUCCUUCAAGGUUAUCUUUGAUCUCUUUGUUGCCUCUCUGAUUAAUGCCCUCCUUGCCUGGUCCGUGAAUUUUGGUGGGCGGCCCUCUCUUGGCAGGUUUGUUGUGGUGCCAUAUUCUUUCAAUUUUUUAAUAAUGGAUUUAAUGGUGCUCCGUGGGAUGUUCAAAGUUUCUGAUAUUUUUUUAUAACCCAACCCUGAUCUGUACUUCUCCACAACUUUGGCCCUGACCUGUUUGGAGAGCUCCUUGGUCUUCAUGGUGCUGCUUGCUUGGUGGUGCCCCUUGCUUAGUGGUGUUGCAGACUCUGGGGCCUUUCAGAACAGAUGUAUAUAUACUGAGAUCAUGUGACAGAUCAUGUGACACUUAGAUUGCACACAGGUAGACUUUAUUUAACUAAUUAUGUGACUUCUGAAGGUAAUUGGUUGCACCAGAUCUUAUUUAGGGGCUUCAUAGCAAAGGGGGUGAAUACAUAUGCACGCACCACUUUUCCGUUAUUUAUUUUUUAGAAUUUUUUGAAAUAAGUUAUUUUUUAAAUUUCACUUCACCAAUUUGGACUAUGUUGUGUAUGUCCAUUACAUGAAAUCCAAAUAAAAAUCCAUUUAAAUUACAGGUUGUAAUGCAACAAAAUAGGAAAAAACGCCAUGGGGGAUGAAUACUUUUGCAAGGCACUGUACAUGUCCCUUAUAUAGUGGGAGGUGAUAAUACAAUCAUAUUGUUUACACAACAGUUAUUUUAUACAAGCAACAGUUCUGGAACACAAUGGCCUUGUGUUUUAUUUUUAUUUAUUUUAUUUAACCUUUAUUUAACUAGGCAAGUCAGUUAAGAACAAAUUCUUAUUUACAAUGACGGCCUAAAACAGGGUGCAGACUUACCAGGAGUCUAUGAAAGGCAAAACAUCACAGUCCAACACAGAACAUAUCCCUUGAGAAGUUACAACAGCUCACCCCAAAUUCUGCCACCACAUCUGAUAAUAUGCGAUUAGAUUGUAUGAUGAUCAUCCAUCCCAAUAACAAUAGUUAUGGUCACAUACUGGUGUAGGAUGACCGGAUGUCCGGAUGUCCGGAUGUCACAUAGAGUACUGCCAAAGUACAUUGAUCAUUUAUUUUAAUGUUCUAUACUGCUUUAAGUAGUUUUAAAAUACCAUUGUGAUAAUGACAACCUCAGAUCCCAUAUCCUGCAGAUAGAUCAGAAGGGAGGUAAAAACCUCACAGAUGUUGUCGUAUAGUAUAUGAAAUGUUAGUGCUGCAGUGUCAGUGAUGCAUUGUGUAUGCAUUGUACUGUGAAGGAUCUAUGUAUUUUAUAAUUGAGCUGCCCUUUUUUGGCCAGUUUUCCUUUGUAAAAGAGGUCUUCUGACCUCAAUGGGACUUCCUGAAUAAAUAAAGAUUACAUUUAAAAAUGUAAAAUAAAAGUGAUGUUUUGCACUCUCUCCUCAGGGAGUACGGAUUAUCCUACCUCUCACUGAGAACCUGUAUAGGGCUGUGGACAGCGUUCCUCUGUCUGCUCCUGGUGGCCACAGACGCCAGCUCCCUGGUCUGUUACAUCACACGAUUCACAGAGGAGGCCUUCGCCUCGCUGAUCUGCAUCAUCUUCAUCUACGAGGCCUUGGAGAAGCUCAUCCACCUGGGGGAACACUACCCCAUCAACAUGAACAACAACCUUGACAAACUCACACAGUACUCGUAAGUGUGCACUCACUCCAUUGAAUCAAAUCAAAUCAAAGUUUAUUGAUCGCGUACACAGAUUAUAUAAGAUGCAGCGAAAUGCUUGUGUUACUAGCUCCAACAGUGCAAUAGAUUGUCUCACAAAUGCAAUACAAAUACAAAAGUAAUCAAAAAAUCUAAACAUGAAAUCAGGAAAUGACAGAACGGGCCGAAUGAAUAAUCCUGAAUAGAUACUGUAUAUUAGAGUGAGCAAACUCCCAAAAUACAGGUGUGCCAAGCUUGUAGCGUCAUACCCAAGAAGAAUCGAGGCUGUAAUCGCUGCCAAAGGUGCUUCAACAAAGUACUGAGUAAAGGGUCUGAAUACUUAUGUAAAUGUGAUAUUUCAGUUUUUUCUAAAAAUCAGUUUUUGCUUUGUCAUUAUGGGGUAUUGUGUGUAGAUUGAUGAGGGGAAAAAACGAUUUAAUCAAUUUUAGAAUAAGGCUGUAACGUAACAAAAUGUGGAAAAGUCAAGGGGUCUGAAUACUUUCUGAAUGCACAGUAAGUAAACAAAAGUAUAUAAACAGAAUAUGAAGUGACCAGCGUUCAAUGACUCUCCAUAUACACUACCAGUCAAAAGUUUGGACACACCUACUCAUUCAAGGGUUUUCCUUUAUUUUUACUAUUUUCUACAUUGUAGAAUAAUAGUGAAGACAUCAAAACUAUGAAAUAACACAUAUGGAAUCAUGUAGUAACCAAAAAAGUAUUAAACAAAUCAAAAUAUAUUUUAUAUUUGUCACGUUCGUUUAAUGACGGGUCGGACCAAGGCGCAGCGUGAUAUGCAUACAUGUUUAUUAUAACGAAUAAACACAACGACAAAACAACAAACUAAACGAAAUGUGAAGUCCAAGGUAGACACAAACAACAUACCUUACACGGAACAAGAUCCCACAACCCACUAGUGCCAAUAGGCUGCCUAAGUAUGAUCCCCAAUCAGAGACAACGAGCUACAGCUGCCUCUGAUUGGGAACCACACCGGCCAACAUAGAUCUACACAUAAUAGAACUACAACAUAGAAUAUAUACAAACAAAGAAUACACACACCCUGACUCAACAUAUAAGAGUCCCCUGAGUCAGGGCGUGACAAUAUUUGAGAUUCUUCAAAUAGCCACCCUUUGCCUUGAUGACAGCUUUGCACACUCUUGGCGUUCUCUCAACCAGCUUCACCUGGAAUGCUUUUCCAGUAGUCUUGAAGGCGUUUCCACAUAUGCUGAGCACUUGUUGGCUGCUUUUCCUUAACUCUGCCAUCCGACUCAUCCCAAACCAUCUCAAUUGGGUUGAGGUCGGGGGAUUGUGGAGGUCAUCUGAUGCAGCACUCCAUCACUGUCCUUCUUGGUAAAAUAGCCCUUACACAGCCUGGAGGUGUGUUGGGUCAUUCUCCUUUUGAAAAACAAAUGAUAGUCCCACUAAGGCCAAACCAGAUGGGAUGGCGUAUCGCUGCAGAAUGCUGUGGUAGCCAUGCUGGUUAAGUGUGCCUUGAAUUCUAAAUAAAUCACAGACAGUGUCAUCAGCAAAGCACCCCCACACCAUAACACCUCCUCCUCCAUGCUUUACGGUGGGAACUACAAAGGCGGAGAUCAUCCGUUCACUCACACCGCAUCUCAGAAAGGCACGGCGGUUGGAACCAAAAAUUUCCAAUUUGGACUCCAGACCAAAGGACACAUUUCUACCGGUCUAAUGUCCAUUGCUCGUGUUUCUUGGCCCAAGCAGGUCUCUUCUUCUUAUUGGUGUCCUUUAGUAGUGGUUUCUUUGCAGCAAUUCGACCAUGAAGGCCUGAUUCACACAGUACCCUCUGAACAGUUGAUGUUGAGAUGGGUCUGUGACUUGAACUCUGUGAAGCAUUUAUUUGGGCUGCAAUUUCUGAGGCUGGUAACUCUAAUGAAUUUAUCCUCUGCAGCAGAGGUAACCCUGGGUCUUCCAUUCCUGUGGUGGUCCUCAUGAGAGCCAGUUUCAUCAUAGCGCUUGAUGGUUUUUGUGACUGAACUUGUAGAAAAUUUCAAAGUUCUUCAAAUAUUGACUGACCUUCAUGUCUUAAAGUAAAGAUGGACUGUUGUUUCUCUUGGCUUAUUUGAGCUGUUCUUGCCAUAAUAUUGACUUUGUCUUUUACCAAAUAGGGCUAUCUUCUGGAAAGAAAUUAACUUUUAAUAACUUUUAAGAAGGCACACCUGUUAAUUGAAAUGCAUUCUAGGUGACUACCUCAUGAAGCUGGUUGAAAGAAUGCCAGGAGUGUGCAAAGCUGUCAUCAAGGCAAAGGGUGGCUACUUUGAAUAAUCUCAAAUCUCAAAUAUAUUUUUGAUUUGUUUAACACUUUUUUGGUUACUACAUAAUUCCAUAUGUGUUAUUUCAUAGUUUUGAUGUCUUCACUAUUAUUCUACAAUGUAAAAAAUAGUACAAAUAAAGAAAAACCCUUGAAUGAGUAGGUGUGUCUGUCAGUGUAGCUGUAGGUGGGUGUGGUGGUGGAAUCAGGCGCAGGACGCACAAAGUAAGUCCAAAAGACUUUAGUUGUUUGGCAACAAAACACAGCACGAAAACAAACGCCCUGAGGCGAGAAACUCCGCACACAGGCGAAAUAAAGCGGGCGCACAAAAUACGUGCGACAAAAUACUCCAAAAACACAGAAUGGAGAGCAGCUCAACCGAGCAAACUGUACAUACAAAAGCUAAGCGCACGACAGUGAAAACAAUCACACACAACACUAGACAAACACAACGAGAACUUAUAGGACACUAAUUACACUAAACGAUAACAGGUGUAACAACAAUCAGACAAAAGCAAACGAACAUAGAAACAUGCAACGGUGGCAGCUAGUAUUCCGGAGACGACGAACGCCGAGGCCUGCCUGAGCAAGGAAGAGAGGCAGCCUCGGCCGAAACCGUGACAGUACCCCCCCCUUGACGCGCGGCUCCAGACGUGCGCCGACUCCGGCCUCGGGGACGACCAGGAGGACGCGGAGCAGGGUGCGUCGGGUGCCCACGAUGGAAUUCCGUCAGGAGAGACGGGUCCAAAAUGUCUCUCCUCGGCACCCAGCACCGUUCCUCCGGGCCGUACCCCUCCCACUCCACUAGAUAUUGGAGACCCCCCAUCUGACGUCUCGAAUCCAAGAUGGACCGCACGGAGUACGCCGGUGCCCCCUCGAUGUCCAAUGGGGGCGGAGGAGUCUCCCUGAUCUCACUUUCUUGGAGUGGGCCAGCUACCACCGGCCUGAGAAGAGACACAUGGAACGAGGGGUUAAUACUUUUAUACUCAACGGGUAGUUGUAAUUUGUAACACACCUCGUUCAACCUUCUCAGGACUUUAAAUGGCCCUACAAACCGCCGACCCAGUUUCCGACAGGGCAGGCGGAGGGGCAGGUUUCUGGUAGAGAGUCAGACUCGAUCACCAGGUGCGUACACCGGUCCCUCACUGCGGUGGAGAUCGGCGCUCGCCUUAUGACGACGGAGGGCCCGCUGCAGGUGGACGUGUGCAGCGUUCCAUGUCUCCUCCGAGCGCCACGCCCACUCAUCCACCGCAGGAGCCUCGAUCUGGCUCUGCUGCCAAGGUGCCAGAACCGGCUGGUAACCUAACACACAUUGGAAAGGGGUUAGGUUAGUGGAGGAAUGGCGUAGGGAAUUCUGGGCCAUUUCGGCCCAGGGAACGUACCUUGCCCACUCCUCCGGCCGGUCCUGGCAGUAUGUUCUAAGAAACCUCCCCACAUCCUGGUUCACGCGUUCCACCUGCCCAUUACUCUCCGGGUGGUAACCCGAGGUGAGGCUCACCGAGACCCCCAACCGCUCCAUAAAAGCUCUCCAGACUCUGGAGGUAAAUUGGGGACCUCGAUCAGACACAAUAUCCUCGGGUACCCCGUAGUGCCGGAACACAUGGGUGAAUAGUGCUUCGGCGGUUUGCAGGGCAGUAGGAAGGCCCGGCAUAGGGAGCAAACGACAGGCCUUAGAAAACCGGUCCACAACGACCAGUAUAGUGGUAUUCCCCUGUGAAGGAGGAAGGUCAGUGAGGAAAUCCACCGAGAGGUGAGACCAUGGUCGUUGUGGAACGGGCAGGGGUAGUAACUUACCCCUAGGCAGAUGUCUAGGCGCCUUACACUGGGCGCACACCGAGCAGGAGGAAACAUAAACCCUCACAUCCCUCGCCAACGUGGGCCACCAGUACUUGGCACUAAGACAGUGCACUGUCCGGCCGAUACCAGGGUGUCCAGAGGAGGGUGACGUGUGAGCCCAAUAGAUCAAUCGAUCCCGAACCUCGAGCGGAACGUCCGCUCGAGUUCAUCAUCAACCUCCCACACUACCGGUGCCACCAGACACGACUCCGGCAGUAUGGGAGUGGGCUCCACGGACCUCUCCUCCGUGUCAUACCGCCGAGACAGUGCGUCUGCCUUACCGUUCUGUGACCCAGGGAUGUACGUGAUCUUAAAUGUGAACCGGGUCAAAAACAUAUUCCACCUCGCCUGGCGAGGGUUCAGCCUCCUCGCUGCCCGGAUGUACUCCAGGUUACGGUGGUCCGUCAAAAUGAGGAAAGGGUGUUGAGCCCCCUCAAGCCAGUGCCUCCACACCUUUAGGGCCUGUACCACGGCUAACAGCUCCCUGUCCCCCACGUCAUAGUUUCGCUCCGCCGGACUGAGCUUCUUGGAAUAAAAAGCACAGGGGCGGAGUUUAGGUGGCGCGCCGGACCGUUGCGACAGCACGGCUCCUAUACCGGCCUCUGACGCGUCCACCUCUACCUGAAAUGGCAAAGAGGGAUCCGGAUGCGCCAGCACCGGAGCCGAGGUAAACAGGUCCUUCAGCCUCCCAAACGCCCUGUCCGCCUCGGCUGACCACUGCAGACGCACCGGACCCCCCUUCAAAAGAGACGUUAUGGGAGCUGCCACCUGUCCAAAACCCCGGAUAAACCUCCGGUAAUAAUUCGCAAACCCCAAAAACUGCUGCACCUCCUUCACAGUGGUUGACGUUUGCCAAUUACGCACGGCUGACACCCGGUCUACCUCCAUCUUCACCCCUGACGCAGACAACUGAUAACCCAAAAAGGAGACAGACUCCUGGAAGAACAGACACUUCUCUGCCUUGACAUACAGGUCGUGCUCCAACAGUCUCCGCAACACUCGGCGCACCAGGGCCACAUGCUCGACUCGGGUAGGCGAGUACACGAGAAUGUCAUCGAUGUACACGACCACCCCCUGCCCCUGCAUGUCCCUGAAGAUCUCAUCCACGAAGGAUUGGAAAACUGAAGGAGCGUUCAUCAACCCGUAUGGCAAGACAAGAUACUCGUAAUGGCCCGAGGUGGUACUAAAGGCUGUCUUCCAUUCAUCGCCCCCCCUAAUGCGCACCAAGUUGUACGCACUCCUGAGAUCUAAUUUAGUGAAGAAACGCGCCCCGUGCAAUGACUCCGUCAUGGUCGCAAUCAGCGGGAGUGGAUAACUGUACUUCACCGUGAUCUGAUUGAGACCACGGUAAUCAAUGCACGGGCGUAAUCCUCCAUCCUUUUUCUUCACAAAAAAGAAACUCGAGGACGCAGGGGAAAUGGAGGGCCGUAUGUAUCCUUGUCUCAGAGAUUCGUCUAUAUACGUCUCCAUAGCUCUCUUCUCCUCCUGAGACAGAGGAUACACAUGGCUCCGUGGGAGCGCAGCUCCUGCCUGGAGGUCUAUCGCACAAUCUCCCUGCCUAUGGGGAGGCAACUGCGUCGCCCUCGACUUACUGAACACAAUAGCCAAAUCCCCAUACUCAGGGGGAACGUGCAAUGCGGGCACCUGGUUUGGACUCUCCACCGAGGUAGCCCCUACGGAAACGCCUAAACAUCGACCCACACACUGGGCAGACCACUCCAUCAGAGCCCUCUCCUGCCACGAAAUAGAUGGGUUAUGGGUACUCAACCAGGGCAUGCCCAGCACCACCGGAUACGCAGGCGAGUCGAUCAGAAAUAGCUGGAUCAUCUCCUGAUGACCCCCCUGCGCACACAUCCUAAGUGGCGCAGUGACCUCCCUGAUCAAGCCCGUACCCAAUGGACGGCUAUCUAGGGCAUGAACGGGGAAGGGAACGUCAACAGGGAGAAGGGGAAUCCCUAAGGCUAAGCAAAACUUCUUAUCAACAAAAUUCCCAGCCGCGCCUGAAUCUACCAGCGCCUUAUGCUGGGAAUGAGGUGCUACCUGUGGAAAACGCACAGGUAUACAGAAAUGUGCAACAGAGAGCUCUGGGUGAGUGGGGCGCCUACUCACCUGGAAGGACUCCCCAGUGCGGGACCUGUCGUCCUCUCCCCUAGGAGGCCAUCCCCAGCACCUAGCCGCGGUGUGUCCUCCCCGACCACAGUUGGUGCAGGAGAUGGACCCCCUCGUAAGCCGACCCCUCCUCUCUCUAGCGCCAGCGCCCCCGAGCUCCAUGGGGCACGGCUCGGAGGCGCUGGAGGGUGAAAUGGACGGACCCCCCUCGGGACGUCCGCGGGUAGCUAGCAGGGUAUCCAGCCUGAUGGACAUGUCGACCAACUGGUCGAACGAGAGGCUGGUGUCCCUACAGGCCAGCUCCCUACGGACGUCCUCGCGUAGACUACAUCGGUAGUGAUCGAUGAGAGCCCGCUCAUUCCACCCUGCAUCCGCCGCUAGAGUACGGAAUUCCAAGGCGAACUCCUGGGCACUCCUCUUCCCCUGCCGGAGGCAGACCAGACGCUCCCCCGCCGCUUUCCCCUCCGGGGGAUGGUCAAACACCACCCUGAAGCGGCGGGAGAACUCGUCGUAGGUGAUGGUGUUCGCGUCGAUUCUCCUCCACUCUGCGUUGGCCCAUUCCAACGCCUUCCCGGAAAGGCAGGAGAUCAGGGCGGACACGCUCUCGUGUCCCGAGGGCGCCGGGUGCACGGUGGCCAGGUAAAGCUCCACCUGGAGAAGGAAUCCCUGACACCCGGCCGCGGUCCCAUCGUAGGCCCUCGGGAGCGAGAGCCGAACUCCUCUGGGUUCCGGAGCGGGAAUGGGCUGACCUGCCGAUGGUGCGGGCAGGGAGGAUGGCGGUGGAGGAGUCCCUCGGGUCUCCCAGCCUCGGAUGGUGGUGAUCACCUCCUGCAGUGCGGACCCCAUCCGCAGGAUCUGGUCAUUUUGUUCGCGGAUCCUGUCCUCCAACGUCGCCUGUGCUGCUGCGGCUCCUGCUGACUCCAUCGAGUAGGGUGUGUGAUUCUGUCAGUGUAGCUGUAGGUGGGUGUGGUGGUGGAAUCAGGCGCAGGACGCACAAAGUAAGUCUAAAAGACUUUAGUUGUUUGGCAACAAAACACAGCACGAAAACAAACGCCCUGAGGCGAGAAACUCCGCACACAGGCGAAAUAAAGCGGGCGCACAAAAUACGUGCGACAAAAUACUCCAAAAACACAGAAUGGAGAGCAGCUCAACCGAGCAAACUGUACAUACAAAAGCUAAGCGCACGACAGUGAAAACAAUCACACACAACACUAGACAAACACAACGAGAACUUAUAGGACACUAAUUACACUAAACGAUAACAGGUGUAACAACAAUCAGACAAAAGCAAACGAACAUAGAAACAUGCAACGGUGGCAGCUAGUAUUCCGGAGACGACGAACGCCGAAGCCUGCCCGAGAAAGGAAGAGAGGCAGCCUCGGCCGAAACCGUGACAGUGUCCAAACUUUUGACUGGUAGUGUACAUGGCACAUUAGUCUCAAACUGCAGGGCAGAGUACCCGGUGGCUAGGGAUGGCUAUUCAACAGUCUGAUGGCCUGGAGAUAGAAGCUGUUUUUCUGUCUUUCUUUGAUGCACCUUUGAUGCAUCUCUCUCUGCUAGAAGGUAGAGUGAACAGACCGUGGCUCAGGUGGCUGAGGUCCUUGAUGAUCUUCUUGGUCUCUUAACAUGCAUCUUAAUCCAGAACUAGUAAUAAUCUGUGUCGAGCAAACCGUCCCUUAGAGUUCAGAAUGACAGCAAUAUCUUAAAUUGUGUUUGAAAGAAAUCCCACAAAUCAUUUGAGAUGAUCGUAAUCAGUAAGGGAUUUGAUGGUGAUGUGUUCUGUUGUUUCCAUAGGUGUUCAUGUGUUGAACCUCCGGAUCCCAGCAAUGCCACCCUACGGUACUGGGAGCAGAACAACAUCACUGCUUCGGAGAUCUAUUGGGAGGCACUUGAGGUCAAGGUACUGUAUGAGAGUGUGUGGCUUAAUUUGUGCAUAGGACCAAGCAAAAUUAGGAAAAUGAUGCAUACAUAAAUAGAACCCAGAGUUAGUCCCAUGGUUUUUCCAGGUUUUGUCAUAUGUUGAGGAUAAACGUUUUACCCUAUACACAAAAGAAAAUGUUGUAUUGUAUUUUUUAUUUUAAUGAAUGGCAGUAGAGACCAGAAAAUAGCACAUUUAGGUUGUUCCACACAAAGUGGCAUACUCUCCCAGAUGGAGCUGGCCCAGUGUAGGAGAUGAAGGACAUGUGGAUGGAUUACGCCAUGCCAAAUCAGAAAAACACAUUUUUAGUAUUAAUUUACCUUUUUGUCGACAAGGAUGCUCUUAUCCUAGCAGGACCCUAUAACCCCAGCAUUGAUGGGGUCAAUUCCAUUUAAAUUUAGGAUGUUCCAAUUUCAAUUUCCCUCAAUGCUCUGAGAAAAAAAUGUAAUUGUAAUUUCAGUUAAUUGACUGAAUUGAAAUGGAUUGACCCCAACCCUGUAACACAGCAUGUUUUGAAUGACUUGUUGUCAUACAUACAGUAUUAACCCCACAUGCAGUAUAACAGACUAAAUACCCUCCUCCACCUGUUGUUGCAGGACUGCAUAAAGAGGCGAGGGGAAUUUGUGGGCAGCGCCUGUGGCCUUCAUGGACCCUACAUUCCAGAUGUUCUCUUCUGGUCUGUCGUUCUCUUUUUCUCCACUGUCUUCAUGUCGGCUUUCCUCAAAGAGUUCAAGUUCAGCCGUUAUUUCCCCACCAAGGUAAGGCAGCAGACCCAGAUCCUACUAUAAUCCCACUCAUUUGUAUCUAUUAUGUGUUUGUAGACUGCAGACAGGGUUUCUGUCAUUCUGCUGAGUUUUAUGGUGCAGUGGAGCACUCUAGUGGUCAUAUGUGAAUACUGUCUGAUUGUGGUGGUUUACAUUAAAACGUGUAAUAAAAUAGUUUCUAAUGGAGAAGAGUGUCACACCACUUUCUUUGGGAUUCUAUUAUGGUUUAAGGCAGCACUUUUUCUCCCGUUGUUUGAGCACAGAACCCCCUUUUUUCUUCAAGCAAAAUGAGUGGCCCAUGUGAGAAUUAAAUCCACAACCAAGGUGCUCAGUGUUUGAUUUUCCUCUGUAAUCUGUGACUGACAUAGUAGUUUGAUAUUAAACAAUAAUAUAGAUUAUUCCUGUGCUAAGACCAGACAAUUGACAUGCACCCCUCUCUUGCACAGUUGAGAGCUGUCAUCAGUGACUUUGCUGUGUUCAUCACCAUCUUUACCAUGGUCCUGAUGGACUAUGCCUUAGGGGUCCCAUCUCCAAAACUAAAAGUCCCCAGUGUGUUUAAGGUGAGCUAGAUAACAAAAUAUUACAACGUGAUUAUACAUUUUUACUCAAAAUACUCUACACUAUAGACAUGUGCAUACUAUGUAGAUACAAUAUUUACCAAUAACCUAAAUUCUUGCAGCCGACCAGAGAUGACCGUGGUUGGUUGAUCAGCCCGUUAGGCGGAAACCCUUGGUGGACCACCUUAGUAACAGUGAUCCCUGCUCUGCUCUGCACUAUCCUAAUCUUUAUGGACCAACAGAUCACCGCAGUCAUCAUCAACAGGAAGGAGCACAAACUAAAGGUACUGUAGGCCAGGGUUUCCAAACUCGGUCAUGGCCGUUCCUAAGUAUUGAGUAGUGUAUUCUCAGUUGGACUUUAUUGUCUUUCCCUCCCCACAGAAAGGCUGUGGGUACCACCUGGAUCUGUUUGUGGUGGGCAUCAUGCUGGGGGUGUGCUCCAUCAUGGGGCUGCCCUGGUUCGUGGCUGCUACCGUGCUCUCCAUCUCCCACGUCAACAGUCUGAAGCUGGAGUCGGAGUGCUCGGCCCCCGGGGAACAGCCCAAGUUCCUGGGGAUCCGGGAGCAGCGCUUCACCGGCCUCAUGAUCUUCCUGCUCAUGGGCUGCUCCGUCUUCAUGACCUCUGUGCUCAAGGUCAGAUAGGUUCUCUGAGCACACAUUGUGUUGGCUCUAGCCUCCGGACUGUCCAAAGGCGGUUUCUAUCACCCUGUAAUAUAAGUGUCUCUGUCUUGCACAAGUUGUAUUUAUUUUGCACCCAGAGUAUUAGUCUGCAGUGCCUCAAAGUGAACAGAUAAUUUACACCAUUACCUUUUAUAUGGUUCUAUCCCACUUUUUUGACGGUUUCCUGUCUUUAUUGAUGCUUGUAUAACUUAAACAUAAUAUGAUUGCUCUCGUCCCUUCAGUAUAUUCCCAUGCCUGUCUUGUAUGGAGUAUUCCUGUACAUGGGAGCAUCUUCGCUUAGAGGAAUACAGGUAAGAUAUCACUAAGCACACUCUGAUAAAGUUUCUGUACACUCUCAGUCAAAAUAGGCUUGUAAGGCUAAGGCCUAGCACACUUGGCUUACAUCUAAAGCGAAGUUCAAAAAGACCAUGUGAGAAAAUGUAGACUUAUCUCAACACAGUUGGCCUGAAUCUAAUGCUCCUGAGGUUGUAAUGUAAGCCUUUGUUCUAUUGCUCAUCAGUUCUUUGACCGUCUGAAGCUGUUUGGCAUGCCAGCCAAGCACCAGCCAGACUUCAUCUACCUGAGAUACGUUCCCAUGAGGAAGGUCCACCUCUUCACCAUCAUCCAGCUCAGCUGCCUGGUCAUGCUCUGGGUCAUCAAGACCUCCAAUUAUGCCAUCGUCUUCCCCAUGAUGGUUCGCAAAUGCCUUUCUCCUAGCUUUCUCCCUGGGUUAUAGGCUAAAUUUCAUACAAGACAUUCCGGCUACAUGUAGAUUUAUUUGGCCACAUUGUAGUUUUACACAAUUAGCACCACUAUGAGAUGUGCAGUAUAGCCAUUGUAUUAAGUUAUACAUAACAAUGCGUCCUGUCCAGUGGGUGUACUUGUACAUCAAGCUGCAUAGAUGCGCACCAGAAACAGAAGAUAGGCUCCUGCCCUAUGGGCCGUUCUCGCUGGGACAAGUAUUAUUUAUGCAGAUAAUUUUGUCAGAGUAUCAUAGGUUGCACCUCCAUCAUGCCAUUGUUAUGAACGUUUUCAAGCCGCCCUCUGUUUCGUUUAAAUUACAUGUAAAUACGAUGACAUUGAUCAAGUAGUCAAAUAUUUAGUAGGAAACAACUUUGCCAGCAUUAUCAUGUCGUCAAAUGUACUUUAGACAGAUGGCAAUGUUGUCAUUAGCUAGCAAAGUUCGUCAAAAAUAGCUAGCAAUGCUAACGUUAGCUAGCUAAAAUCCGGUGGCCUCCCCUCAUUCUAACCUAGCUAACUAACGUUAUACUGCAUCUAAAGUCAAUCAGGUGACAUCAAAAUUAUGACAAAAGGUUUUCGUACUAAUUAUUUGCCUCCUUUUGAAUGUGGUUGUAUUUCCAAGCCACUGUAAUGCACUUUUGAUUAAAUGUUCAUCAGCGCUCAUUGAUGAUGCAUUGAGUAGAAUGCUCAGUCAGGCAUCAGUCCAAAAUGAAUGUUCAAACAAUAGUAGUAAUGCAGUGUGUUUGUGUUCCUUGCAGGUGUUGGCUCUGGUGUUCAUUAGGAAGCUGAUGGAUUGCUUCUUCACCAAGAGAGAGAUGAGCUGGCUGGAUGAUCUCAUGCCAGAGAGUAAGAAGAAGAAACUGAAGGAUGCUGAAGAAGAGGUAUGAAAAUAGCAUCUACAUAACAAAGCGAGAUCUUGGGACUAUAAGAUUCUAUCUGCAAAAAGAUGAUUAGGAAAUAAUUGGCUUUAAAGUUCCAAACCCUCAUUGGUUUGAAUGGUGUCAUCGAUUUUUAUCUUGUAUUCUUUUGAACUAACAACAUGAAUUUGGUUAUUUAGAGUACUAUAUAGGUAGAGAACAUUGAACAGAACAAGGCUAUGUCAAGAAUUCAAAAUAAUGUUCCUUUUUAUUGUAGAUAUGUAACUUUUAUUGUAAUGGUUUAUUUCUGCAUGUGUUUGAACCAAUUCAUUAUAUACAGUACUAACACUAUAGUUUAAACGCUUCCUGUUGAUUCUCGUAUUCAUCAGGAGGAGGCGCAAAGCAUGUUGGGAGAGGAAGAGGGAGUAGUGCAAUUGCCAUUAGAAGGAUAUCAAAAGUAAGUUAGGCUAUUAUGAUAACAUUAUAUCUCCCUUUUUAUACUGUAAAAAGACUUCAAGCUUCAUUGGUUGUAAAAUAGUUGACUGUUUGUUGUGUAUUAUUAUGCAUGAAUAUGUUGUUUUUUUAGGAGUGAAUCCGCACUCAACAUCACGGAUGAAAUGUCCAAAGGCUCUUUUGGAAACACGUGGAAUGUCAACUCCAACAACUCUAAAAAAGAGCUAGACUCAAAAAGGUAUCGCAUUGCCUCAAACAUGUAUACCCAAAAUCAGCACAUUGGAGUUGAUACAUUUUUGUAUUUAAAACGUCACUUUGUUUUUCUUCUGUCAGUUUGUGUAAAAAUGUGUCUUAAUUUAAGAUAUGUGCAUGUAACUCAAACUUUCUUGCAAAUUUCCCCAUGGCAUCAAUCCUUGUGAAAAUAUGGAGUUUGUUGAGACUAUCUCAAGUUAGGAUUCCUCCUAUACUGAAUAGACAUUGUGUUAUAACCAUUAUAAUGGAAACUGAUGACAAUGUACCAUUGAAUUCAUAAAAUGCCUCAUAUUGACCAAGUUCCAUGCUCAUAUAGAGAAUUUUCAGGAUAUUGAUAUGUCAUUGCUACUGUAUAUGAACGAAAUUGCAGAUGUAUCAUUCAGUUGAAACUAGAUGCUACUUAUUCACUGUAUAAAGGAGUUGUCUCUCCAUUUUAGAGCUGAUGAGUUUCUUGACUGUAUUUUCCCAUUCCAUCUCUGUCAUAAACUCCCUUAUAUCCUCUUAGAUGCUGAACCCCCCAGAGGUAAGAGUCUGAUCCCCGUGCCAUUUACUCCUCCUUACUCCAUUUGGUGACCAUCACUUUUUGGAAUAAAAUAAUUGUGUUUAUCUUUGCAUGAUAUGAGGCAGGAUUGUACAAGGUCUAAUUCCUCAAUUUACCAUUGGGUUGAAAUUAGAUGCUGCUUAUUUAGCAUCCUUCAAAUUGUCAUGGCCUCGACAUUAUGCAUUUUCGAGUUGAACACUGGGAGAGCACAGCUCUUUAAAACUCUUUGAUGACUGCUAAUGUUAGGCAAAGAUAAAUAUUAUGGAUGCGAAGUCCAUUACCUUUUCACUGCUUGGAAUAUAAACCCAGCAUAUUACAGGCAGUGACGAAUGAAUUUGCUCAGUCUAAAGUGACAUGACUGAGAAAGCAAGGAUGAAAAGUGCAUGUAGGAGCCAUCUCUGACUGCAUGAUGCUGCUGUACCAAUCAGGUUCUGCUAGCAUGACAAUCAUCCUUCUACCCAAUCUACUAUGCCUCAGCCAAUGGCCGUGAAGGGCAGUUCGGCAAGGAGCACUACAGCAUACUAGCUGCAGGCUCCAUUACGCAAUAGCUGGAGAGUGUCAUUAUAUUAGUACAUCUCAGUUGUGAGAACUGCUCUUUCAUGAACAUUGUCUGAGAUUCUGAUCCCAUUAUACAGUGGGGAAAAAAAGUAUUUAGUCAGCCACCAAUUGGGCAAGUUCUCCCACUUAAAAAGAUGAGAGAGGCCUGUAAUUUUCAUCAUAGGUACACGUCAACUAUGACAGACAAAAUGAGAAAAUGUUUUCCAGAAAAUCACAUUGUAGGAUUUUUAAUGAAUUUAUUUGCAAAUUAUGGUGGAAAAUAAGUAUUUGGUCAAUAACAAAAGUUUCUCAAUACUUUGUUAUAUACCCUUUGUUGGCAAUGACACAGGUCAAAUGUUUUCUGUAAGUCUUCACAAGGUUUUCACACACUGUUGCUGGUAUUUUGGUCCAUUCCUCCAUGCAGAUCUCCUCUAGAGCAGUGAUGUUUUGGGGCUGUCGCUGGGCAACACAGACUUUCAACUCCCUCCAAAGAUUUUCUAUGGGGUUGAGAUCUGGAGACUGGCUAGGCCACUCCAGGACCUUGAAAUGCUUCUUACGAAGCCACUCCUUCGUUGCCCGGGCGGUGUGUUUGGGAUCAUUGUCAUGCUGAAAGACCCAGCCACGUUUCAUCUUCAAUGCCCUUGCUGAUGGAAGGAGGUUUUCACUCAAAAUCUCACGAUACAUGGCCCCAUUCAUUCUUUCAUUUACACGGAUCAGUCGUCCUGGUCCCUUUGCAGAAAAACAGCCCCAAAGCAUGAUGUUUCCACCCCCAUGCUUCACAGUAGGUAUGGUGUUCUUUGGAUGCAACUCAGCAUUCUUUGUCCUCCAAACAUGACGAGUUGAGUUUUUAACAAAAAGUUAUAUUUUGGUUUCAUCUGACCAUAUGACAUUCUCCCAAUCCUCUUCUGGAUCAUCCAAAUGCACUCUAGCAAACUUCAGACGGGCCUGGACAUGUACUGGCUUAAGCAGGGGGACACGUCUGGCACUGCAGGAUUUGAGUCCCUGGCGGCGUAGUGUGUUACUGAUGGUAGGCUUUGUUACUUUGGUCCCAGCUCUCUGCAGGUCAUUCACUAGGUCCCCCCGUGUGGUUCUGGGAUUUUUGCUCACCGUUCUUGUGAUCAUUUUGACCCCACGGGGUGAGAUCUUGCGUGGAGUCCCAGAUCGAGGGAGAUUAUCAGUGGUCUUGUAUGUCUUCCAUUUCCUAAUAAUUGCUCCCACAGUUGAUUUCUUCAAACCAAGCUGCUUACCUAUUGCAGAUUCAGUCUUCCCAGCCUGGUGCAGGUCUACAAUUUUGUUUCUGGUGUCCUUUGACAGCUCUUUGGUCUUGGCCAUAGUGGAGUUUGGUGUGUGACUGUUUGAGGUUGUGGACAGGUGUCUUUUAUACUGAUAACAAGUUAAAACAGGUGCCAUUAAUACAGGUAACGAGUGGAGGACAGAGGAGCCUCUUAAAGAAGAAGUUACAGGUCUGUGAGAGCCAGAAAUCUUGCUUGUUUGUAAGUGACCAAAUACUUAUUUUCCACCAUAAUUUGCAAAUAAAUUCAUUAAAAAUCCUACAAUGUGAUUUUCUGGAUUUCUUUUUCUCAAUUUGUCUGUCAUAGUUGACGUGUACCUAUGAUGAAAAUUACAGGCCUCUCUCAUCUUUUUAAGUGGGAGAACAUGCACAAUUGGUGGCUGACUAAAUACUUUUUCCCCCCACUGUACCUCUCAGCUGCCUGGAACCUACAGUGCGAUUCUGUAUGGGAGGGGAUUACCAUGCGAUUUACUAAAGCAUAUCAAAUAUGGUGUUAAUGUUCAUGUAAAGCCCCUCCCAACUAAAACAUCAGUUGAUGAUACAUUUGGGGGCAGUUUCCCGGACACAGAUUAAGUCUAAUCCUGGACUAAAAAUAAUUCUAAAUGGAGAACCUCCAUUGUUGGAGCUGGACAGCUGAUAGUUAUAAGCUAUGUUCUGAAGUUGUAUACUUGAAAGCACUAAUAGCCAGUGUUUAUACCCACAGCUUAUUCAAGAACAGUGGAAGGAAACAGAAGAAGAGGAGAAAGAUGCAGAAGGGCUGCUUCGACAGGGAGACAAGUCUAUGA